UAUUUAGUUUCUUUUCGAUUAAAUUUGCUUACGUAUGCGGAUCUUUGUAUGUAUGCCAGUUACGUGAGAAUGAUGACAAUUUAACCGCGCUGAUUGUGAUGUGAGUGAUUGUGAUAAGCAUACACAUGAGCUUCUAACAGUUUUGUGAACUCCAUAAAGUGCCAUGGCCGAAAACGGAUACAAACCAGCUGUUUCUACGGCUCAAACAACUACUGUGAGCACGAUUGCUGUUCAAAGUGGUGACACAAACAUCGUCAUCGCAUUACUUAAAAGUGGAGAAUGGUUUCAUCUAAAGAUGCUCGAGGCAACACCCGCCUUAACCUCUCUUGGAGAUUCCUUAGAAGAAGCCACUCAGCUCCAAAAAACUCACGAAGAUGUCAUCAUGAAAAUUCAGAGCAAGCAAAGUCCAACAGAAGAAUUACUUAGAAAAGCAGACCAACUGAUAGCAUCUCAGCGACCUCGACCAGAAGUUUAUGCAGCAAUGGCGGAGUCCUUGAGCCAAGCGUGGGAAGACGUCAUCAAACACCUUAUGCGGCGGAGAGAUAUUUUAAAUCUAAAUGUCUCUUACCAAAGUCGAGCCAAAAUUUAUUUUGAAAGAGUACGAGCAUUAGAAUUACUUUGUAGCGGGUCACCGAUACCAGACAAUGUCGAAUUGAUACGAGAAAAUUUAGAGCAUUUACAAGAAGUGAAGCGUGCCAUGCUGGAGUCUCUAAUGUCGACACUUCAGGAAGGAGAAGUGAUGCUUGAAACCUUAAGAAUAGUGGCAAAUGAGAAAAAAGACUCCAGACCAGAUGGAACAAGAACUUCCUCUCUUCUAGCAAUAUCACAAGUGGAGCAUUGGAUAGAGCAGCUUCAUGACCAACGACACCUCAUUGAACAGAUCUGGGCACGAAGAAGAACUUUAUUGGAGCAGAGCCUUGCUCUAUCACUUUUAGCAACUGAUUUAACUUUAUUAGAAUCUCUUCUGUUUGAUCGACACGAAACUUUAAGCCGAUUGAAGAACAACCUUGGAAGCUCUGAGACUGAAGCAAAGUCCUUGUUAGAAUCUCUGCAAUCUUUGUUACCUGAAGCUAAAGAGCUUCAGGAGCAAAGUUUGAAAGUGUUGCGAGCGGGAGAGCAGUUACUCAUGGGUGGCCACCCUGUGAAUGCAGAUUCUUCAAAGCGCGGUUACAGCAUCCUCCAAUCAUCUGCAGAAUACAUUCAGGAAUUGCAAGGGAGAGAGGAGUUACUCAACCAAGCAAUUCAAUUUUAUCAAUCUGCAAAUAAUGUUUUUGCAGAGCUAGACAAACUACAAGUUGAAAUAGAUGUCCAAAGGCAAAUUGAUGUUUCAGUUAUUGAGAGGUUAAAUCAAACCACAAAUGAGGUAAUAGCGCAAGGACGGUUAAUAUUGAAAGAAGCUCCAGGUGCUGAGGGUAUCAAAAAAGUGUUAGAAGAAAUAGAAAAUCGCAAAGUAAACCUGAGCGUGUUAUAUCAAGAAGAGCAUAUCAAAAUUUCAGAAUUAUUAAAUAGUUUCCUAGAAAAGCAAAACGAGCUUUAUUCGUGGCUGAUAAAUGACCCGGAAACAUUUGUUAGAAAUAACAAAGAUGUUGGACAUAGUGACAUCGUUGCAAGGAACCAGCUCACGUCACAUUUACAGUUGCUAGAAGAAAUGCAGGGAAAAGGCUGUGAAAUAAAUUCACUGUUAAUGAGUUUGCCACACGACUUCCUGGAUCGUCUCAACUCAGAGCAAAAAUUAGAUGUCACAACAAAAAUUGAGGAGCUCCAUAAGCUUUGGGUUCAGCUGAAGAAUGUUCUUGAACGGCGUGUCUCACUUCUUUCAGCGUUCAUUCGAAUUUACAGCAAGAUACAAACUGUAUUAAGCGAGUUUGAUUCCCUGGAAAGUGAUAUCAAAGUUGAUGGAACAAUGGAUGAUGCAAAUUUCAGGACAUUGAGGGAGUAUUGGGCCACAACAGAGGCGCAUUUCCAAGAACUGCGUCAAGAGGAAACAAACUUCCGGCAAAUUGUAAACGAGAGCCGCAAUGUGUACCUCGAUGUGGACCAUGCUCAGCAACGCAUCGACGCCCUCAUCAAAGAACUCACCAGUCGCGAAACUCGCCUAAGCACCAUCUUCUCAACGAUCGAAGCACAGAUUUGCGAACACAGGAAGCGAAUAGGGGACCUCUGGCAGCAGAAUAUGGCAGACAGCAGCAAGACCAUGGACUGGGUUUCCAAACUUGAUAGUCAGCUUUACCCAAUUAUAAACGAAGAAACUACUACAUCGGAUGCUGUAGUAACUGAGAUUGAAAACAAGCUCAACGUUAUUUUGCCGGAAGUCAAACGAACUCAAUCGGAAAUCGAAGCAAGAAUCCAGACUGCUGAGGCUUUAGUUGGCAAAGGUGAGGCUCAGGAUGCAGUGCCACCUCGCUUACGAGAACUCAACGAGAAACUAUUGGCGAUUAUCUCUGAUUAUCAAAAUUUAGCAGAUAUGCUUAUUAAAUUCUUUAAAAACUUAUCUCAGGUAGAAGAAACAGUCAUAAAAUCUGAAUCAAACUACAACGCUGAUAGUAUAGAAAAUAAUUUAAAUGCUGUAGAUCUUGCAAUUGAUGAUCAUGAUAGCCUUAAACAAUCUAUAUCCGAGUGUUUUCGACAGUCUCAUUCAGAAAGCGUUAAAGUCAUCAAUCAAAUCAAGCAACAGGAACCAGAAAGUGCUGGUGAAAGGGACAUAUCGUGUAUUAGGCGUUUGCUGGACAUGAAACGAAGUAGCUGGGAACGGAAUUGGGCGGAGUACAAAGUUAAGCUUGAACAAAAACAGCAGCUGUGUCAAUUUGAUACAGAUCUGGCAAAUAUCAACCACCAUCUAGAUGAUUUAUCUAAACAGCUGAUCACCAUCCGUGGACAGUAUGGCGAAAGCCUCUCCUCAGCCAAAUCAACAUCUCUUGCAUUCCUGUACUUUGAGAAAACUGUGCAGCUUCUAGAACAACGUAUUGAAACAUUCAUCACUGCUGCUGAGGCUAUGCUCAAUAGCGGCGAAUGCAACUCAGACCAUAUCAAUGAGGAACUAGGCAAAUUAAAGAAAUCUAGGGAAGCAUUUUUAGAGGAAGUUAACAAAAGUAGGCAUUUAAUUGAUUUAAGUAUCCAGUAUUUCCAAUUAGUUGAGGAGGCGCAAGAGUGGUUCAGGGAAGGAAGUAAACUUCUAAUUAUGAUAGCACGGAAAACAUCAGAAGUAGAACGCCCUGAUGAAAUCAAUCAGUUACUAGAACAAAUAGAACUUUUCCUCAAGCCGGAAGAAGUUAGGCAAGAAGAGCGGCUUGAUAAAAUAUCUCAACUUGCAGCUCAAAUUUUUGGUGAAGAGAAACCCAGCACUGUAGAACAGAUGACCUCUGAAAGUCAGGAACUAGUUGAAUCAUUUCAGUCAGUCUGCAAAGAAUUGGAAGCUCUCGGAGACUCAUAUAGGAAAACUGAAGAAAUGAAAAUGGAAUUGGAUGAGACAGUACAGAAACCAUCUGAGAUCUCCGAAGAAAACGAGCAUUCUGAGCUUACCAUUCAGGAAGUUGAUGAGGAGGAAGAAAAAGAAAUUCAAGUCGAUCCUAUACAAGAGUCACCUCCAGACGAACGAAUAGAAGUACUUGAAAAACAGGAUAGAAAAUCACCCAGUCCUCCACCUCCUGAAAAAAAAGCAAAAUUCAACGAGGAGGAGAAGCUUGAACCUCCAGUUUUUACUGAACCUCUGGUGCCAUGUACCGUACAGGAAGGUGAAAAAUUCAUUCUAGAAUGCAGAAUUACCGGUAGUCCAACUCCUAAAAUUAAGUGGCUCAAAGAUAAUUUAUCGAUAGAAAAUAAUCCUGAUUACCUGACAAAAUUUGAAGAUGGUAUCUGCACUUUGACAAUAGAAGAAACAUUUGCUGAAGACUCAGCACAGUUCACAUGUGUUGCAACUAAUGAGGCAGGUUCCGUCUCAACAUCGGCUGUACUCUCUGUCACUGAGGUUCCAUCUGACGAGCACAUCUCUGCUCCUGAGUUUGUGAAGCCGCUCCAAAACACAGUAACAAAAGAGGGUGAAGAGCUAGAACUCUCAUGUCAAGUCACAGGCAACCCCCUACCAACUGUACAAUGGUACAAGGAUGACGUCUGUAUCGAUAACAGCUCCGACUAUGUAAUAUCUUACAAUAAUGGGGAAGCUAUUUUGAAGUUAGAAAAGACAACAGAGAAUGACUGCGGGAAGUAUUCAUGCAAAGCCAACAAUGCAUCAGGAUCGAGUUAUUCACAUGCAAGUGUCUCUGUUGAAAGUAAAGGAAGUGAAGAGGCAGUGAGCAAAGCACCAAGAUUUAUCAGCCCCCUCUCUAAUGUAAUGGCUCGUGCAGGCCAGAAGAUCAAGUUGGAGUGUGAAGUUGAAGGAGAGCCUCAUCCUGAGCUUAUUUGGAUACACAAUGAUAAAGUCAUCCCUGAGACAAGAGAUGUCCAGUUUUUCCAUGAUGGGAAUAAAGUUGGCCUAACCAUCAAUGAAGCAUUUCCAAAAGAUGCAGGUGUUUACAGAUUACUCGCCAAAAACACGAGUGGUGAAGCAUCCUGUUCUUGUACUGCUGCUGUGAAAGGAAUCCCUCCUCUAGAAACUUCUGAUUCCGAACUGGCUAGUGAUUCUGAGUUGGUGAAGCCAGUGAUAAAAAUGCCGCUGAAAGACGCGACUGUCGUUGAAGGAGAAAAAGCCCAGUUGGACUGUAUUAUUGUUGCUCAACCUGAGCCUGAGGUAAUCUGGUAUUUUGAAGGAAAACCUGUGAAAGAAUCGUCCGAUUUACAGUUGAUUUUUGCUGGUGACCGUUGUACUCUAGUCAUAGACCAUGUUAGUCAGGAAGACAGUGGUGAAUACGAAGUAGUUGCCAUUAACUCAGCUGGAGAAAUCUCAAGUUCCUGCUCACUAUCAGUUCAAAGUCCUGAGGUCAAAAUUAUCGAAGAACCACAAGGAUCUGAAAGCACUGAAACUAUCGAAGUAACAGAAACAGUUUUACCCAAAUUCAAUAAACUUUUAGACGAUAUCUUAACACGAGAGGGUGACUCAGUUUCUCUUGAAGUUUCAAUCUCUGCGCAGCCGGCCCCAACCGUCAGAUGGUAUCUGAACAAUGCUGAAAUAGCCCCAUCAAGCAGAGUCCAAAUUUCAGAAGAUGCAGAUGGCACCCACAAACUGUACAUCACCGAUGUUAAACCUGAGGAUAGAGGCGUCUACACAGUUAAAGCAAUCAACUCCUUAGGUGAAGUGAAGUGUUUUUCUCACCUGAUCGUGAAAGAAAAUACCACUCUGGACUCUAAACCAUCAUCAGACAUUCAGUUAGAGGAAAAAUUAUCCAUCCCUGCUUUUAUUGAAAUGUUCUCAGACAAAACUGUGCCUGUUGAAGGAUCUGUGAAGUUUGAAUGUAAAGUUGUCGGAAAACCAGCGCCAAAGAUAAAAUGGUAUUUCAACAAUGAACCUGUCUCUGGGAGUAACUUCUUAGUUUCAACAAGUGGUGAUCGCCAAAUCUUGACAAUUCCUGAAGUAAGGACAGAAGAUCAGGGUAAAAUUUCAUGUAUUGCAGAAAACGAGGCUGGUAAAACAUCAUGCGAUGCUCACCUCAUCGUCGAAGACAUCGGAAGAAGGCUGGAAUUGUUUCCGGCCCCAGGCCAAACAAUGGACACAUCCUCAGAGUCCUAUUCUUAUGAAAUGAAACGUUCGCUCUUCUCGGAAUCAUCAUCGAUCGAUGGCUGUGCUCCGACCCAACAGAUCCAAAGUUUUAAGUCUCUCAGUGAAAGUGGCAUGAAACAGUCCGGAAGUCAGCCUCCACUCACUAUGGAAUCAUUAGAAACUGAAGAAUACCAAAAUAUAAAUGGAAAAGAAUCACAUCAUCAAAGCACCAAGAGCUCAUCAAAUUUUGGUGGCAUCCUCGAAAAACACGAAAGCUAUCAAUCGAAUACAAAUCUCCCCAAUGCACUAUCUUUUCCGAAACCCAUUCGCAAACAAACAGCACCCAGGUUUGUUUCCACGCUGAUGGGAAAAAUUGUAGAUCAGGGAUCUAAUGUUGCCUUGGAAGGAAUCAUCGAUGGAUUCCCCUCACCAAACAUUAGUUGGAGUAAAAAUGGCGUGGAAGUGUACCCAAUCCCAGGUAAACUCACGAUCAGCUGGUCUUUAAACAAAGCAUCAUUGGAAAUCAGUGAUGUGAACCUUCAAGAUGCAGGGCGUUACACAUGCAAAGCAGAAAAUGAUCUCGGCUCCGCAACCUGUACUGCUGAUAUUGUUGUGAAAAAAAAUGUAUUUUCUCCAAUAAUCGGGCGCCGAUUACAAUCUCAAACAGUACCAACAAAUGAAAGAGUCAUUUUGGAGGUGGAGGUAACAGGACAGCCAGAACCAACAGUGACGUGGUACAAAGACAAUCUUGAAAUUCCAAAAUCAUCUGGAAUGUUCCGUUUUCGAAGCCAGGGAAAUUCCCAUGCUCUAAUCAUUGAUAAAGUGUCUUUUUCACACGGAGGCCAAUACACAGUGAAGACAAAGAAUGAAGCCGGCGAAUCUAGUAGCUCUGCUUCAGUGUAUGUCUUUGAGCCACCACCUUCAUCUGCUCCAAAUGAAACUGUCAUCGAAACCAAAUUAUCGGGUGACUGGUCUGCACCCAGCAGUACUAUCCAAUCAACAUGGCAAAACAGCAACGUUCAUCCCACGCAAAGUAUAGCAAAAUUUCAUGAAGAAUCAAAAUCCUCAUCUGCUCUGUCAGAAUCUGUCUUCGUUUCUGAGACGGUCAAAAGAGACAAGCAGGUUGUAAUCAAACUUAGCAAUGAAUCUCAGCCUUUAGCUCAAUUCACCUCUCCCUCCAAACCGAUUGAACCCACUCCAAUGUUCACCACGGCUGUAGAUCAUAAACCAAUCGAGAAACCAGACUUCAUGACAACAAGUUCUAACGCCACAGAGGAGACAACAAUCGAAGACCAAUCCAUUACGAAACGUAGUGCGUUAGACUUUUUCAAGAAUAUAAUCAAGGAAAAUGAAAAUGGGAGCUCUCAAGAAAAAUACGAGUCAAGCACUAAAAGUUUUAGCUCAUUUUCAGAACCGGUCAAAGAAACUCCGAAACCUUCCUUCAGUAGUAGUGUACCGGUUUUAACGAGCUUACCAUCGCCGUACGUAAAUAAAAGUUAUGAAAGUUUUUCUGAGUCUAGCUCAUCAUUUAUGAAACAGACAAAGACCAUCGAGCCUUUCCCGCAGGAGCUGAAGUUAGAACCUGGGCCACCUCCAGAAAUAGGAUACAUUCCAAAAGUCACCGCUCCAAGACCCAAACCAGAUAUGCUGAGCCGGGUGCGGAAAAUUGAAGAGUCGCAGAGAGAGCUAUCUCCAAUUGAAAUUCCAUCUGGUGGUGUGAAGAUUUUUCCAACAAUCAGCAGGAAAAAUAGCUCAGAGCUACAGCAAAAAUUUUCAGAACGAGUGGAACAGAAGUCAGUGCAAGCGUCAGCUUAUCAAAAGACACCUACUUAUCAGAACCCUCCAACUUACCAGAGUACAUUAGCAUACCAAAAUACCUCUGCUUAUCAGAGUCCACCAGCAUACCAGAGUAGCUCUGCCUUCCAAAGCACCGUAGCUUAUCAGAGUCCCCCAGCAUACCAAAGCAGUCCUGCGUAUCAGAGUUCCCCAAGCUAUCAAAGUACAUCAGCAUAUCAAACCACUCCUUUCUCUGAAAAUGUGCCCCCGAAAUCGUUUAAAACAGAAGAGAGGAAAGAGGUCAUAGAAGAGGCGUUUGUGAAGAAGAAAGUGGAGUUCAGUGGCAGUCAAGAUGCAACAUUUUUGCAACAAACUCAGCCUGCGCCAUUCCCGAAUGUAGAUCAGAAAGUUAAAGAUCAUUUACCAAUUCUACGGCCCCAAGCAGACAACAUCACUCUGAGGCCCUCAUCACCCAGACCAUCCGCAGAAGGUAUCUCAAUGGAAAAAUUAUGGUCUAGUAAACAUAAGGAAGAGAGUUCAACAGUCCUCGGAGAACCUAUCAUGAGGCCCGCGUCACCCAUCAAACGAACACCGUCACCUGUCAAAAGAACUCCAUCACCCAUCAAAAGAGCCUCUUCCCCAUAUCUAAGUCCAACGAAAGUGGCUCCCUUUUCUAAUUUUGCUAAUGCAAGCCCGCAGCCCUUCAAGUCUGCCGCCCCAGCCCCUUCAUACUUCAGUCCUCAGCCCCGCGCGGCAUCUCCUCCACCUGCAUUUCUUAGUCCUCAGUCUCAGAGAGUUUCCUCUCCCAUUCCUUCCUUUGUAUCAUCUCAGAUGUCUGCAUCUUGGUAUGGAUCAGAGUUGAAAAGAGCUGUUUCGCCACGUCCAUCUGCAGAGGGUGUCGCUAUGGAGAAAUUGUGGUCUCGGCCCCACAGUGCUGCUCCACUUAAGCCAACCUCGCCUGUGUUCCCAAAGCCAUUACCAUAUGAGACCAAAACCCCCAUCCAGACCAAACCGUUGAAGAAAACCUGGCCUCCUGCCAAGUCACCGCAAGAGGAAGUCACAGCGCCAUGGUCUAAUCGAGUUGUCGAACAGUCUUCGACUUGCGAAGCAAUACCAGGCGGUUACCGGGCCGAAUCAAAAAGUUUUUCCAGUGAGCAAACAAAGUCUGUGGGAAAACCGGCCUUUAGUUUAAGAGCCAAGUCAGUUACGCCCUCAUUUACAUCAGAAAAAAGAGAAAUGAUGUCUUCCUACUCAUCAUACAGUUCGUCCACAACUUACAAUUCCUCAGGAUCUACAAAUCAAACUAUUCAGCAUACGGAGCCAACACCACAGUCUGCAUUCCAACCUUUCCAUAGCCAGUCUCCUGCUGUGGUGGAAGAGAAGAUUCUGAAACCCUCUGAGGCAAAGAAAUCUUGGCCUCCAGGCAAGCCCUCUGAACCAGACUACGUUCCAAAAAAAUUUACCCCAAAACCUGUGAAAAUGUUCCAGCCUCCAGUGACAGAAGUCUCUUUGGAAGCGUUACACUUAGAACCUGGCCCUCCUCCAGUGUUAGCAUAUGCUGAGCCACCGCAAAACCUGCGUCGACAAUCUUAUGUGGAGGUUAUUGAAGAAGGACUUGAAAAAGACAUAGAGAAAGGUCCCAGCAAAUGUUUGCUAGGGGCUGUGCGCACCAUACCUCCGCCACCAAGCUCCAAAGAAACAGCAGAAAGUCAGAAAGAAAAUGUCCAUUCGUCCUAUCAGGAGUCAAGAUUCAGUGAAACCCACGACCAGAAAGUAGCUCCACCAUGGAUUGCUCACACUAAGAGACCAUUGUCCGUAGAGAUCCCUCCAAACCAGUUCUCAUACUCUGCCACAUCGCGGCAGUUGAGACCUGUGUCUUGUCAUGUGGACAGUUAUGCGGAGAUGUAUUCAGAGCAAAUGUAUAAGUCUAGUUCAACACAGUAUUCAGGCGCACUGACUAACUCACUUCAGCCGUCUUCUCCACCUGAGUAUUGCAACACCUUCUCCAGCACGACAAAAGUGGAGACAAAACCCAAGAAGUCGUUCCAAUCGGAUGGCUACAUGGCUGAUACUGAUGAGCCAAGACAUUUGUUGAAGCAGUCAAACUUUUCUGAAUCAAAUUGGCAGCAAAGAAAGUAUGCAACUUUGCCCGCUUCCACAAAAGCUUACAAGAAGGGAGCUACCUCAUUCAAGCCUGAAGAAAGAACUGUCAAACUGCAAGACUUGAAUCUAGAGCCAUUUCCCUUCCAACCAGAGCCAGCUAAACCUGCUAGAAAACAAAUCGUGCCUCCACCUGCCAGUCCAUCCAAAUUUAUCAAAGGAGAUUUCCGCCAAAGUGAAUACGGAACAGACUAUGAAUCCGUGCGGAUACCUCCGAUUUGGAAACCUCAUGACUCAGACUCUGAAGACAUUUCAUACCGACCUGUUCGCCCGAACUUAACACCAGUUUCAAGGCGGAAAAAGUAUGAAAAUAAUGUCCUUCCUCCGCUUAACUUAGAAGAUUCUCCACGAUCCAAAUUUGAACCUGAAAAAUCAACAACCCCUGUUAAACUGAAAGAAAUCUUGUCGCCAACAAAGAUGCAGAAGUCUUUUCCUCAAUCUUCUCCUAGCAAUUCAUAUCAGACUUUUGCCUCUCAGCCAACGUAUCAAAAUCAGUCUCACCAAGCGCAGUCAACAUAUCAAAAUCAGUCUCACCAAGCGCAGUCAACAUAUCAAAAUCAGUCUCACCAAGCGCAGUCAACAUAUCAAAAUCAGUCUCACCAAGCGCAGUCAACGUAUCAGCAAAUGCAUCAAAAUCAUCAAAACCACUCGUAUCAAACACAAGCAUUUUCACAAACACCGUCUAGACCUAAUUCAUUACUGAUGGUGAAGCCCAAGUCUCCGACCAAGACCACACCAACCUAUAUCGGAAGUUCAAAACUUGCACCCACAGAAUCAUCAACAGUAAGUUAUACUGAAUCAACAGAAACUAGCAAGCACAUAGUGAAUGUAGAAAAAACAACAAAAACCUAUAGUUAUGACCAUGGAAGCGAGUCGCGAUCUCAGAGUGCUGUAUCUCAGCAUAGCGUACCUUUUGAUUCAAAUAGCUACAUGGCUGAACAAAAGCGUUUGGAGCGGGUAGAGCAGAUGAGAAAACGGUUUGAAAGUAGCAACGAUAUUACCUUGCAGCCAGGAGAGCCACCAGAAUUUGUUCUUGCUGGAUCACCAACCACCAAUUCUGUGUCAAAUGAAGUAAACAAUCAAAUGCAAAACUUGAACAACAGAUUCAAAUCAAAAGUUCAAAAAUUUACUGGUGAUAUCAUAUCAGAUGUGAACAGAAAAGAUUCAGAUAGUCAAGCACUGCAACUACGAACGAAUGAUGUUCAAAGUUACAAACAAGAAUCUAGGAAUAUCGAACAUGGAUCAAAACAGAUUGAUCCAUCCACUGGGUUAGUCUAUUUCAAGUACGAUUUUGGAUACGAAUUCGGAGUUGUCACUCCAAAUGAUAACUCAGCAGCAACGAAUCGGUCGAAACCGAAACGACAAAAGUCCGUCACGUGGGAUCCGAUGUCGGAAAGUGAGUUCUCUGGAAAUGAGGCUAGGAAGCGCUCCUGCCUCAAGUCUUCCACAUCGGCCAUCAUCCCGUAUUCUUCUCCAAGCUCACCAGUUUCUCCUCUUUCCUCUCUUUCACCCAACCUCAACCAGCGCCGACACUCUGCAGGUACAACUUGGGGAGAGAGCAGGAUAGCUCCAGAAUAUUCCUCUGGUGGUCCACCUGUUAAUGCUGGUGCUAAUAGAGAUUUGAUUCAAAAACCGCCAUUUUUCACUACUCCCCUCCGUGAUAUUGCUGUUGUGAAAGGGCAAAGUGCUCGUUUUGAAUGUAUAGUCCAAGGAGAACCAACACCUCAAAUAACCUGGCUCAAAGACACGGCCAUAAUUGAAGCUUCCGACCAAUAUGACAUUCAGUUCCGCAAUGGUGUCUGUAGAUUGACUUUACCUCAAGCAUAUUCCUAUGAUGCUGGUUUAUACAGAUGCAGUGCAAAUAAUACACACGGUACUUCGGAUACAUCUGCAACCCUGACAGUCUCAGUUCAAGGCAUGGUCCGUCAACAUUCACAAACACAGCCACAGCCUGUCACACCCAACAAUGCCUCUCCACCAGUAUUCGAUCAAAUUUUUCGUAAUGCCAGAUUUGCUCAGGGAGGAGAUGCAUUAUUUGAAGGAAAAGUCUCUGGUGUUCCUAAACCGGUUGUUUCUUGGACCAGGAAAGGUGUUCCUCUUGUCGAUUCCCAUAAGUACCAGAUGAGGUAUGAGCAACAAACAGGGAAUGUUUCUCUACUCAUCCGCAAAGUGGGUCCCGGCGAUGAAGGGGAGUACGUUUGCUCAGCAAGAAACCAGUAUGGAGAAGCCAUUUGUGCUGUGUUCAUCCAACCAGAAGGCCAACUGCAACAGAUGCCGCAACCUCAAUUUACAAAUCAUAGGGCUGAAAAUAUUUAUUCCAAUGGUCAUACGGUUGUAGAAGAAGACUUCAAAGUUGACACAUUCGAAUAUCGCAUUUUGCGCGAAGUCUCAUUCCGAGAGUCCAUCACGCGUCGCUAUAUCAAUGAAACUGAUGCGCAAUUAACAACUACACCAUCACCUGGACCAAUCACUGCGCCGCGGAUAUCUCAGAAACCAAGGAACUCAAAAUUAGUCGAAGGCUCUGAUGCCACAUUUAUUACUAAAAUAUCUGCCAACCCUCAACCUAGAUUAACAUGGUUCAAAAACGGACAGCGCAUUUUACCAUCUCAGAGAGUACAAAUGAAUUUUUCAAAUCAACAAGCUACUCUGAAAAUUACAAAAAUUACCGCAGAGGAUUCUGGACACUAUACAUUACUCGCUGAAAAUCCUCAAGGAUGUAUUGUCUCCUCAGCCUACCUGGCUGUGGAGCCUGCCGCAAUUCAUGAUAGUUAUUAUGAAAAAAAAAUGUCCCAAGUGGAACAAGUAGAGUCUGUGAUCGAUAGUAAUGAAGUUAAGAUGCUAGGACCUAACUUUUUGAAAGUAUGCCCAGAUCGAGAUGUUCAGGAAGGAAAGAUGACCAGGUUUGAUUGUCGAGUGACAGGAAAGCCAGCCCCAGAUGUUACCUGGUACAUCAACGGCAGACCGGUCUGUGAUGAUGCCACUCAUAAGGUUCUAGUCAAUGAAUCAGGAAAUAAUGCUCUUAUGAUCACCAGUGUCAGUCGUAAUGACGCUGGUGUAGUCACUUGCGUGGCAAGGAAUAAAGCUGGUGAAACCUCGUUCCAAUGUAAUCUUAAUGUUAUUGAAAAAGAAUUAGUUAUAGCACCAAAAUUUGUAGAAAGAUUCAGCUCUGUGCAUGUCAAAGAAGGAGAACCAGUCAACUUGACGGCCAGAGCUGUCGGUACUCCCAUUCCAAGGAUUUCAUGGCAGAAAGACGGUGUGCCAAUUUCAUCAGGACCAACCAUCAGUGUGACUACAGAUGGUGGUGCAUCUGUUUUAGACAUCUCUCGCGCGCAGCUUAGUGACUCUGGGUGGUAUCAGUGCACUGCUCAAAAUGUUGCUGGUUCCACAGCCACUCGGGCGCGGCUGUUUGUUGAAAGGCCUCAUGUUCACGAGGACGAUCAACCCAGGAGACUGAAUCUGCCCAGACCAACUAGAGUAAUAGAACCUGAACCAGCACCAGGUCCAGAAAUUAUUUAUUUGCGACACGUGGAAAGAGCCAAGCCCCACGCACCGCAUCCAGAUGAAGACCGCUACUAUCCUCCUCCUCAUUUUAUAAUUCCUCUGUCAGAUCAAGCCCAAAAUGAAGGUGGCCGUGUACACUUUGAAGCCAGAAUCGAACCUGUUGGGGACCCAUCAAUGAAAGUUGAAUGGUUCCUUAAUGGACACCCACUUCCCGCAAGCUCGAGAGUAAAUUCCAUGUUCAAUUACGGCUUUGUGUCAUUGGACAUUCUAAGCGUUAUCAUACAAGAUAGUGGAGAAUACACGUGCCGUGUGACCAGCGCAUCCGGAGGUGUUGACUCAAGUGCCAUGCUAUCAGUCACAGGUCGUGCAGAGAUCGAACGGAGCAGUCAAUACCCUGACAGUUUACAAUACAUCCAGCAGCUAGAGGAUUACUCUCGCUAUCAACGGCAAGAAAGUCAAGAGGAAAUUACAGCGCAGAAGCCAGCAUUCAUUCGACCCUUGCACCACUUAGGCGAGCUGCAAGAAGGACGCAAUGCUCACUUUGAGGCUCAAAUCACUCCUGUCAGCGAUCCUACAAUGAAAAUCGAGUGGUACAAGGAUGGGAAACCUAUCACUGCCAGUUCCAGGAUCACGACUAUUUUCAACUUUGGUUACAUAUCGUUGAACAUCUUGCAUCUCCGAGUAGAAGACACUGGAGUGUACACCGUCCGAGCCAUUAACCGUUGGGGAGAAAUUACAUCAACCUCCAAUUUGAAGGUGUUCGCUCGUAGCAGUGUCACAGGGGAUCUCGGUAUCCCGGAGCAGCAACGCUACAUCCAUGAAACUGAAGCGUUGGAACAACAAAGACACGUUCAGAAAAUGGUGGCAGAACCACCCGAGAGUAUCAGUCCACCUGUCUUUAAAUCGCCAAUCAAAGAUCAGUUGGACAUCCGAGAGGGUGGUUUCGCACAUUUUGAAGCUAGACUAGAACCUCUUGGUGACUCGACGUUACGUGUUGAGUGGCUUAAAGAUGGUCGACCAGUCGAAGCAAGCUCUCGGAUCACCACCUUCUUUAACUUUGGCUACAUUGCUCUCACAAUCAAACAGGUCACAACAUUUGACAUCGGCACCUACACUUGUCGUGCCUAUAAUCAGCUUGGUGAAGCCCACACUUCUGCCAAGCUCACCGUUCAAAGCAAGAAAGAUGUUAUCUCAGAAUCGCAUCACCCAGGCGGCUUAGAACGCAUUCAAUACCUCGAGGACUCCUCACGUUAUGGUCGCAGAGAGGAGCAAGAAGUUAUUGUCACAGAAAAACCUCGUUUCUUAGGCCCUCUCAAAGGCACAACAAAGAUUGCAGAAGGUCAACAAGCGCACUUUGAGGCAAGAGUUGAGCCUCAGAGCGAUACAUCAUUGAUUGUCGAGUGGUACUUCAAUGGGAAGUUGUUAAUGGUUGCCAACCGUAUUCAAACGUAUCAUGAUUUCGGAUAUGUUGCCCUAGAUAUCUUGGACGUCAGACCACAAGAUGCUGGAACUUAUACCAUUGUUGCAAGAAAUGCUCUGGGAGAAGCCAACCUCUCGGCAUCAAUGCAGGUGGAAACUCGUGCAAGUAUUGAUACAUCUAGUAUGCAUCAUGGCACCUAUGAGAAAACGAAGCACUUGGAAAGCUCAAAGUUUGUCGAACCGCAUUACCAGAUUGAAGAAAUAUCAAAAUCCAAACCAAUAUUUGUCCAGCCACUGAGCGAUCCUCCUCCUGUCAGCGAAGGAAAGAAUAUUCAUCUUGAAUGCCGCCUAGAGCCAAUGGGUGAUCCAACAAUGAGAGUUGAGUGGUUCCAAAAUGGGAAACCCAUUACGAUUGGAUCAAGAUUUAGAACAUAUCAUGACUUCGGUUAUGUUGCUCUGGAUAUCAUUCAUGUCACUGCCAUCGACUCAGGAGAAUACACUGUGCGUGCCACAAAUCAUUUGGGUUCUGCUCAUACAUCUGCUUGUGUCCGGGUUACCUCUCGUUCAGAUAUCAUAACGGAGUCGCAGAAUGAAUCAGCCCUCGAGCAGAUUCAGUACUUGGAAGAAGGAUCACGCCAUCACCAGUAUAUUACCGAAGAUUCCACAAUCAUGCAGCCACCACAGUUCACUAAAUCGCUACACAAUAUUGAGACUGUUGAAGGUACAAACGUUCACCUUGAGUGUCGCCUUCAGCCUGUUGGAGAUUCUUCCAUGAAAGUCGAUUGGUUUGUCAAUGGCCGACCUGUUCGAAUUGGACAUAGAUUCCGACCUGCAUACGAUUUCGAUUAUGUUGCCUUGGAUCUACUGUGUGUGUAUCCAGAGGACUCAGGUGUUUACACCUGUCAAGCUCGCAAUCAGCUUGGUGAGGCAGUAACAUCUUGCUCUGUUAGAAUAAUUGCUAAAAAAGACUUACUCUUGGAAACACAGCACCCAAGUGGCCUGGAAAAGAUUCAGUACUUGGAGGACUCCUCUCGCUACAAGAAAACUGAAUACGUAGAUGAAGUUAUCAAGAUCAAACCGAGGUUCUUGACCAAACCUAAACCUUUAGAGAAUCAACGAGAAGGAGCGCAUGCUCAUUUUGAGUGCAAGUUAGAACCAGUGACAGACCCUAAUCUUAAAGUUGAAUGGUUCAAAGAUGGAAGACCAGUCACAAUUGGGCAUAGGUUCCGACCAAUCCACGACUUUGGUUAUGUGGCUUUGGACAUCAUCGACCUUAUAGCAGAGGAUUCUGGCACUUACAUUUGCCGUGCCUCAAACUUAGUUGGCGUUGAUGAAACCAGAGUCACAUUAACUUGUCGCUCCUCAGCCCAAAUUGUGACCUCAACCCAAAAUGAGGUUGGUCUCGAACAGAUCCACUAUUUGGAAGACCGUGCCCGGUACCAGCGCCGUGAAGAUGUUGAGGAGACGACGUCACAAGCUCCGAUUUUCACUACAUCGUUGAAAAACUGUGAUAUCAAGGAGGGCCAGAGAGCACAUUUUGAGUGCAGAAUUAUUCCUGUCUCUGACCCCACAAUGAAGGUGGAGUGGUUCCACAAUAAUGUUCCGCUAAAGUCAGGUUCAAGAUUCACCGAGACAAAUAACUUUGGUUUUGUUGCGCUGGACAUUACGCAUUGUUUACCAGAAGACUCUGGAACCUAUACUUGCAGAGCGUACAAUAUCUUGGGUGAAGCUGUUACCUCAGCUGCCUUAAAUGUUCAGUCCAAGAAAUCCAUUUUCGUCGAAUCUCAUCAUGAAGAUGCUCUGAGCCGCCUUCACCAGCUGGAGGACUCUUCACGCUACCAUCGCUCCGCUGUAACAGAGGAGAUUGUCAAUCAAGCUCCUGUUUUCACACAACCUAUGAGAGAUUUGAGAGUUGCAGAAAACCAGGCUGCUCACUUUGAAGCCAGGCUUAUACCUGUAGGUGAUGCCAGGCUCAAAGUUGAGUGGUUGAGAAAUGGCGUCCCCAUCACUGCAUCAAAUCGUGUCACAACAAUGCACGAUUUUGGUUAUGUGGCACUGAACAUGAAGUAUGUCUAUCCUGAAGAUUCUGGAACUUACACUUGCAGAGCCGUGAAUGAUUUGGGUCAAGCCAUCACCUCUGCAACAUUAGUUGUUCAAUCCAAAGCAUCUCUGCAACUGGACACCCAGCAUCAAGGAGCUCUGGAAAAGAUACAAACGCUAGAAGGACAAACAAAAUACCAGCGAAGGGAAGAAGAAGAAAUCAAAGUUACGCAAGCUCCCAAUUUCACCGUUCAGCUGAAUGGCCCUACAGAAUUAGUUGAGGGACAGAAUGCCCACUAUGAAUGCCGUAUCGAGCCGUACCCAGAUCCUAGCUUGAAACUGGAAUGGUAUCACAAUGGAAAACCGUUACAAACAGGACACAGAUUUAGAACUACGUUUGAUUUUGGAUUUGCCUCCCUGGAUAUUCUGUCGGUCUACGGAGAAGACACUGGAAAGUAUACAUGCCGAGCUGUCAACAAACUCGGCCAAGCCACAUCUGAUAUUGAAUUGCACGUGCAAUCUCGGUCAUCGAUCAUUUUGGACACCCAGCACGAAGGUGCUUUACAGAAGAUCCAGUACCUCGAAGAUGACUCUCGCUACAAAAAAGUUCAAACAGAGGAAACAGUUCUUUUAGAGAAACCGAUGUUUGGACGUGGUCUGAACAAUAUUGAGCACCUUGCGGAAGGCAUGUCUGCUCACCUGGAAGCAACGCUGACGCCUGUCAAUGACCCCACGAUGAAAGUCGAGUGGUUCUGCAAUGGAAGGCCGAUUCCUCAAGGUCAUCGUUUCAAAACUGUAUAUGAUUUUGGAUUUGUUGCGCUUGAUAUCUUGUAUGCAUAUGCUGAAGACUCAGGCACUUACAUGUGUAAAGCCUCAAAUUCCUUGGGAGAAGCUAUCUCCACUUGCUCAGUAUCGGUUGACUCUAAAUCCAGUUUGCAAUUGGAUACGCUUGAUGAAGAAAGGCUAAAGAAAAUCCGUGAGUUAGAGGCGUACGAACGCCCCAAACCACAGGAAGUUGAGCCGGAAGUUCAGAGACCAGUCUUCAUCACGCCUCUGAACAGCUUAGAGGCACUGCGUGAAGGUGACCAUGCUCAUCUGGAGUGUCGCGUGGAGCCUAUCAACGAUGCUAACCUGCGCGUUGAAUGGUUUGUCAAUGGAGUCCCAAUUAAGACAGGCCAUCGAUUCAGGACCACUCAUGAUUUUGGAUAUGUUGCCCUGGAUAUACUUUACGCCUAUCCUGAAGACUCCGGAACUUACAUGUGUAAAGCAACUAACCAACAUGGGGAAGCAGUCAAUACAUGUGAAAUCAAGGUUCAAUCUCGGCGCAGUAUCUACUUAGAGUCACAGCAUCCUGACGGUUUGGAGAAGAUCCGUGAACUUGAAGCUCAGGGAAGACCAGCUAAACUGGAAAUUGAAGAACCCAUUGAAAUUCCCCCACGCUUUGUUUCAGAGCUUAGGGGUACAACAGAGGUGUACGAAGGCAAGACCGCUCACUUUGAAUGCCAAAUUGAGCCUUUGCAUGAUCCGAACUUGCAUAUUAUGUUUUACCACGAGGGCGAAGCACUUCCGUCCGCCUCUCGAUUCCACAUCACUUUUGAUUUCGGCUAUGUAUCGCUCGACAUCGACCAUUGUGUCCCUGAGGAUGCGGGCGAAUACACCAUUAGCGCUCUCAAUCUCCUUGGAGAAACCAUGUCCACCAUCGAACUCAAAGUCAUAGCCAAGGAUAGUAUCAUCACAGAAUCUCAGCGACCAGAGGGACUCGAUAAAAUCCGGCAAUUGGAGGAGGCUGGUUUGCCUCAAAAGCCAGAAGUUCCCGAACCUGUCACAAUCCAGAGACCAGUGUUCACUCAACCUCUUCAGAACAUAGAUUCAAUCAACGAAGGAGAGACUGCUCACUUCUCAUGCCGUUUAAUUCCAGUCGGAGAUUCAACUCUGAAAGUGGACUGGUACAGGAACGAAAAACCUCUUGAAACAAGCUCUCGAAUCACAAGAACAGAAGACUUUGGUUAUGUUGCCAUUGAUAUAUCUCAUGUCAGAGAUGAAGAUGAGGGUGUUUACAUGUGCAGAGCCUCCAAUGCUCUCGGAGAGGCUGUGACAGUAGCCUCUAUGAAGAUAAAGACCAAAGCUGAUAUUCAGUUAGAGACGCAACAUCCAGAAGGUAUGAAGAAGAUUCAAGAACUUGAACAAGGGCGAGUCACACCUAGACCAGAAGAACCGGAGAGACACUUUGAGAAACCGAUCUUCACUCAGCUAUUGACUGGGCCUCAAGAGUUGUGGGAAGGAGAAACGGCACACUUUGAGUGUAGGGUUGUGCCAGUUGGUGAUCCUUCCUUGAAAUUCGAUUGGUAUGUCAAUGGAAAGGAAUUGAAAAUGGGAUCAAGAUUCCACUCGACUCAUGACUUUGGUUUUGUCACUUUGGAUAUUUCGAAGACGGUUGCAGAAGACUCGGGUGUUUACAUGUGUAAAGCCACUAACAAAGCUGGAGAGGCAGUCAGCUCUUCAGCUGUGAAAAUCAAAUCAAAAUCAUCCAUCCAACUUGAUGCUAUCCAACAAGAUGCUUGGCAGAAGAUCCAACUGAAAGAAGCUGAGAUGAAUCGCGUUCCAGAAAUGUUCAUUGACACGAGCCCGCAGCAAGCCCCAGUAUUUACCACUCAUCUAGAAAAUCAGGCAAAAUUGGUGGAAGGCCAGCAUGUCCACUUGGAAGCUCAAGUUGAGCCCCGCGCUGAUCCUAACCUGCGUAUUGAGUGGUUCAAAAAUGGUGUUAUUCUCACAACUGGUUCUCGAAUUCGCAGUACUUUUGAUUUUGGAUUAGUCACUCUUUCGAUUAACAACCUCCGUGAAGAUGACUCUGCCAUCUACACAUGCAAAGCAACUAAUCUUUUGGGAGAAGCUGUUUCUACUUGUACUUUAAAAAUUGAAGAUCGCCACUGGCUUCUUUCCAAACCACUUCACCCAGAUGCGCUGCCACUGAUUGAGGCUCUCGAAGAACCGAAACCAACAAAAGUGGAGUCACCCGAGCCCAUCUUCGAAAUCCCUGUCUUCAUCUCUCACUUGAACAACGUAGAGUGUAAUGAAGGAGAUAACAUUCACUUUGAGUGUAGUGUUGAACCAUCAAAGGAUCCAACUUUGAAUAUUGAAUGGUUCCUUAAUGGUCAACCUCUGCCGACUGGGUCAAGAUUCAAAACCACCUAUGAUUUCGGUUAUGUCGCUUUGGAUGUAACAUCUGUCUAUGCAGAAGAUUCUGGUAUUUAUUCUGUCAAAGCAACCAACAGCAAAGGCCAAGCGACGACUGCUGGGUCUCUCAGAUGCACGAGCAAAAAAGAUAUUUAUCUUGACACACAACAUCCUCAAGGCGAAGCCGGGUUAGAGCGUGUGAAAGAAGUUGAAGACUCAAUUGGUUCUCGUUACCAGCGGCCGAGCGAAGCUCCAGAAACAACUUUCGCAAAACCAGUUUUCAUUACCCCUCUUGAGCCUGAGUUUAGACUGGGUGAAACCCAAGCCUUGCAUUUGGAGGCCACGGUUGAGCCAAAGAACGACCCCAACCUCAAAGUUGAAUGGUUCCUCAAUGGAAAUGUUCUAGAACAUGGAUCUCGUUUCAAAAUGACGAGUGACUUUGGCUUCGUAACGUUAGACUUGACAGAGGUUUAUGAGCGUGAUCAAGGAGUCUACACUUGCAAAGCUACCAACUUGGCGGGUGAGGCGUACACCUCAACUACAAUCUACUGCACAUCCAAAACAAGCCUAAUCGAAGAGACCCAGCAUCCUAAGGGAGAGGCUGGUCUUGAGAUCAUUCAGCAUCUUGAGGAAUCAUUGCAAAAAGAAGAGAAACGCCUUGAGAUCGAAGAAGAGGGACAUGCACCUGUCUUCACAACUCAGUUUGAGCAUCUUUCAAAUCUUAGGGAAGGUGAAAAUGCCCACUUCACAGCUUCUUUGACACCAGUUGGUGACCAAACCAUGGUUGUUGAAUGGUUCAAGGAUGGCAAACAGAUUGAAGCAAGUCACCGCAUACGCACUGUUCAUGCAUUUGGAAUGGUGCUGCUUGAAAUCUUUGAUGUGAAGAUUGAAGACUCAGGCUCGUACACCUGUAAAGCAACCAAUAAAUGGGGCACAGCUGAAAUCAAUGUUGAACUCAACUGCAGCGAGAAGUUGAAGGGACAAGCCCCUCAGUUCACCUCACAAAUUCAGUCCCUUACUGGUCUCAAGGACGGUGACUCAGCUCAUUUCGAAUGCACGUUAAUUCCCGUCAAUGACCCAGACCUCAAGGUGGAAUGGUUCCAUAAUGGUCAACCUCUUCGUCACAAGAACCGUAUCAAGACAGUUUCUGACUUUGGUUACGUUGUCAUGGACAUCUCCUACGUGCAAAGUCAAGACUCGGGAGAAUACGUCUGCAAAGCAAGCAACAAGUACGGUGAGGAUACCACAAGUGCUUUCAUUGAGUGUGAAGGCAAAGGAGGCGUUUACUUAGACUCUUUGCAACCUGAUUCCUUGGCUCGCAUUCGUGAGUUGGAGGCUCAAGGUGUCAAAUUUACCCCCGAUGGAGUACCAACCGGAGGAGAACCACCUAAGUUCACUUCGCAUAUCAUGGAUAUCGCACAAUUGAAGGAAGGGCAAAGUGCUCAUUUCGAAGCCCGACUUACGCCAAUAGAUGAUCCUAAUCUCACCGUUGAGUGGUUUUACAAUGGCAAGAAACUACCCCAUGGACAUCGCUACAGAACUUUCCAUGAUUUUGGUAUUGUCAUUCUGGAUAUCCUUUACUGCUAUGAAGAAAAUUCCGGUGUCUAUGAGUGCAGAGCUACCAAUCACUAUGGAACAGACACAACGCAAGCAAAAAUGACCUGUUUGUCCAAGGCAAGCCUCAUUUUGGAAUCACAACUACCUCAGGGCAUGGAAGGAGGUCUAGAGAAAAUUCAGACCCUGGAAGACUCAAUGGUAUCAUCGCGUGUGGAGAGAACUGGAAUCGAUCAGAAACAGGCGCCAUUGUUCACAAUCCCAUUGGCAAAUGUGGACGACUUGCGAGAAGGUGAAAACGCUCACUUUGAGGCCAGAGUCGUACCAACAGAUGAUCCCAAACUUAAGGUUGAAUGGUUCUGGAAUGGUUAUCCCUUAAAAACUGGUUCUCGAUUCAGGACUUUCUGCGACUUUGGAUUUGUCAUCUUAGAAAUCUCUCCAGUUUACCCUGAAGAUUCUGGUGAAUACUCUUGUCGAGCGUCUAACGAGCAUGGCCAAGCUGUCACCACAUCUCACAUGAAAGUACAAGGCAAGAGAAGCAUCAUCCUGGAGUCACAACUUCCGAAAGGAAUGGAAGGUACCAUUGACAAAAUUGCGCAAUUGGAAGGCCUGGGACAAGUCCGUGGCCCUAUCGAGCAAGAAGAUGAGCAAGGAAAACCACCAGAAUUCAUCACCACCCCGUCAGAUCUAGCCCUGUCGGAGAAUUCGUUGGCACACUUUGAAUGUCGGCUCAUGCCUGCCAACGAUUCCAGCAUGCGAGUUGAAUGGUUCCACAAUGGAAAAGCUCUCUCUGCUGGGUCGCGUAUCAAGACCAUCAAUGAUUUUGGUUUUGUCAUUCUUGAGGUCUCUGGCGUGUAUAUUAGAGACUCAGGGCUUUAUACUUGCAAAGCUACUAACAGUCAUGGUGAAGCAACUGUAUCUUGCAAACUUCAAGUCCGAGGUAGACAAGGGGUUGUCUUGGAGCCACAGAUCCCCAACAUAUUCUUAAAUGCAACCGAGCACAUCCAGAAGCUUGAAGAAUCUCUGCACAGGAGAGAAGAACUCAGGGCCGAGGAGGAAGAAGCUAUCCCACCAAGAUUUAUGACAGAAAUUUCGGACAUCGAAAUUGAGGAAAGUAAUCCUGCUCACUUUGAAUGCUAUGUUGAACCGACCAAAGACUCAACCAUGAGAAUUGACUGGUUCUUCAACGGGCGUCCAUUCGCAACUGGUUCUCGAGUUCACAUGAUUAAUGAGUUUGGAUUCAUUUCUCUGGACAUGGACUACUGCUAUGCCAGAGAUUCCGGAGAGUACCUUUGUAGGGCUACAAACAAGUGGGGUACAGCAUUCACGAAGGCCAAACUCACCUGCUUAGCGAAACAAGAUAUUGUCCUGGAUUCACAACUUCCAGACGCAAUGAGCAUGGACAAACUGAUGAAGCUUGAGCAAGGUAUGCUUCCCGAAGUACAACCAGAAGAGGUCGUCAUUGAGGAACCACCUCGAUUCCUCUCUCAGAUUCAAUCUGUAAGUGUUGGAGAGGCAGAACCGGUGCGAUUUGAAACCAGAGUUGAGCCAAAGAAAGAUCAAAACCUGAAAAUUGAAUGGUACCGUAAUGGAAAACUCCUCCCCUCAGGUCAUCGAUACAAGACAGUCUUUGAUUUAGGAUACGUCUCGCUUGACAUUCUUUAUGUGUAUCCAGAAGAUUCCGGAGAGUACGUUUGCAGAGUCUACAAUAACUUCGGGGAAGAUUUCACCAAAGCCACUGUUUCUUGCAAAAAAAUUCCGACGAUCAUAUUGAGCAACCAAAUCCCCAAAGGAAUGAAAAGAUCAGAUGCUGUCAUCGCUAUGGAAGCAACAAUCAUGCAAUAUACAUCAGAGGUGUUCCUGACAGAGGAGGAUCUUUAUGAACCAGAAAAGAAACAGCCACCUCGGUUUGUAACCCAGAUUGAGAACCAAGAAAAUCUUGUAGAAAUGCAAUCAACCCUCUUUGAGUGUCAGCUUGCUCCUGUAGGCGACCCCAACAUGAAAGUUGAAUGGUUCUUCAAUGGCAAACCCCUACCACAAAAGAACCGGUUCACUCCUGUAUACGAUUUUGGCUACGUUGCUAUGAACUUUGGCUGGGUAUAUCCUGAAGAUAGUGGAGAGUAUGUUUGCCGAGCGACUAAUCUGUACGGUAUGGAUGAAACAAGAGCCAUCAUCAAGACGACCGGCAAACCAGGAAUCAUCUAUGACUCCCAAUUGCCCAAAGGAAUGAAGAGUAUCGAGCAGAUCAGAAAGUUGGAAGCUGCUUGGUCCACGAGCUUGGUAGAGAAACCCGAUGAAGAGGAAAAACCAAAAGCAAAACCAGUUUUCGCCAGUAAACCUGAACCAUGCACUGUCAAUGAAGGAGAACCAGCUCGCUUCUGUUGCCGUGUAACUGGCUAUCCAAGACCAAGAGUAAUGUGGGUUAUUAAUGGUCAUACAAUUGUAAAUGGAAUGCGUUACAAGCUUACCUAUGACGGCAUGUGGCAUCUUGAUAUCCCCAAGACACGUCAGUACGAUCACGGAAAGGUUGAAAUUGUUGCCCGAAAUUCGGCUGGAGAAGCUCGCGUUGAGACCGAACUUACAGUCAAACCACGCGCCAAUGAUUACCGUGGCGUUCUCAAAAACUCGCCUAGACUUUUGCUUUCAUCUGAAGAAUUUUUCUCAGCGUGGUAUGACUACGAAUUGACAGCUUAUCAACAGGAUCGGCAAGACUGUGAACUUGAACGAGUAUUUGAGGAGAGACACAGCACGGCGCAAACAGAGAUAAAUGUUGACCACCUCAAGCAGAAGGUGGUCAAGGAGCCAGAGCCUGAGUGGACCAAGAAUGUCAAGAUGAAGAAGAGUGAGGACUACUAUAGCAAAUUGAAAGAGCUGGAAGAUGAACAACUUGUCAAAGAGACCAGGAUCCGAGAAGCUUCCCAUCAGUUCGCUAUCCCUGGUGAAAAAGUAUCGCAAAAGUCUCUGGCGAAGGGCAUGGCACAAAGUUAUGAAUCUAAACUGGAUAAACCUGAGCCAGAACUGAUGCCUUGGCAAAAAUCUAAAAUUCUGAAGUCUAGACGCCAAACAGAUCAGUCUGAAACAUCAGAAGACACGGAAGUCACAGAAUCAGAAGUUGUCGAGCGUAAAAAGUCUGUUCCAGAGCCACAUGAAUCAAAGGUGCAUGGAAAAGAGGUGUAUGUUCAAAAACAGAAGCAAACACAAAAAGAGGUGAAAGGUGAUAAAGAAAUCACUAGAAAAAUUACUGCAACUGAAACAACGGAAGUCGAGCACACAGGAGAGACCCAUGAACGUGUUGUUCAAGGCCCAGUGAAACCAUCGAAACCUCCGAUCUUUACAAAGAAGAUUCAGCCUUGCCGUGCCUUUGAGCAAGAUCAAGCUAGAUUUGAAGUUGAAUUUGAUGGAGAUCCAUUACCUACAAUCAAGUGGUACCGUGAAGAUUUCCUCAUCCAAAACUCACCUGACUUCCAGAUUCAUACAUUUAGCACCAAGUCGGUCCUGAUCAUCCGUCAGGUGUUUAUGGAGGAUUCAGGUGUAUUUGCUGUUAUCGCCGAAAACAGAGGUGGGAAGGCGAAGUGCAGUGCCAAUUUGGUGGUUGAGGAGCGUAGGCAACCAGGAAGGGGUGGAGUUGUGCCACCAAGCUUCCUUAACACAGUUCAAAGUGCAGCUGUCAAUACUGGCCAACUUGUUCGUUUUGAUGCUCGAAUUACAGGAACAAAACCAUUGGAUGUUUACUGGCUGAAGAAUGGCAAGAAAAUUUCAUCUGAUAUUCGCUACAAAACCAUCGAAGAAGACAACUUGUACACACUGCUCAUAAUAGAGACAGUUCCUGAGGAUAGUGGAACUUACGAGUGUGUAGCCAUUAACAAAGCAGGGGAAGCAAGAUGUGAAGCAGAAUGUUUGAUUCAGACUCCUGUGUCAAAUGCGAGCAAAUUUGCUCAGUCAAAACCUUCACCUCAGCAAGCUCCUGCUGUGCUCGAACCUUUGGCAGAUCAAACCAUGAAAGAAGGUCAGCCAGUCAAGUUCAGAUGCAAGAUCUCCGGCAAUCCUCCAAUGCAAAUCAAGUGGCAGAAAGGAGACAAAGUGAUCAAGCCAUCGAAAUAUUUCCAAAUGUCCAAAGAGGGCGAUGUCUAUUCUCUCAUGAUCUCAGAAGCGUUUCCAGAGGACGAAGGUGUCUACAAGUGUAUUGCCUCCAAUGCUGGUGGCCAAGUCGUCUUGUCAGCAAAUCUUAAUGUGCUAGGCCCUGACAGUCAAGAAGUGGCACCAACUUUAUCGAAAAUGAAAGAUGUUACUGUGCCAGAAGGUAGUUCUGCCCAAUUCCGCACCAAAGUUACCGGAAAGCCCACUCCCUCUAUUCAGUGGUUCAGAGAAGGCGUUUUAAUCCCGCACUCACCCGACUUUCAGAUGAUCCAUGAAGGCAACGAAGCUGUCCUAACAAUAUCCUCCACUUACGAAGAGGACUCAGGGGUGUUUUCCUGCAAAGCAACCAACACGACAGGACAGGUUGAAACAUCGGCUCGAUUGAUCGUCAAAAGAAGGGAAGGAGUGUCUCACGACUUCGAGGUGUUCGACGAAAGUGAUCUCGGGGAGGUAAGUGCUAUGAGCGGGGUGCCGGGAAAAUCUCCGAAACCGGAAGUGCCCGUAAUGAAAGGUGCAUUAAGCGAAAUACCGCGAGAAAUGGUAGGCGAAAUAUUUCUUCCUUUUGGUGAUUAUACUUUACCUUGGCGGAAGACUUCACGUCGUGGCCGGGCAUACUCCGCGGGUGCGCCGUGGAGGCGCGGCAGUAGGAGUAGAUCCCUCGAAAUGCGUCGUAAAGGAACCUCAACUGUUCCGCGGGAUAGUUCUCUCCAUGAUAGGCGUCAACCUAUUCCUUGGACUGAAGAGAAGGUCACUUUAAGGAAGACUGAAACUCGAAAGGAGUUGAAAGGAGAGCUCCGAAGAGGAUCUCUAACGGAGACGGAAGAUGUCAAGGUAGUUCCAUGGAUUGAAGAGCCAAUCUCGCUGCGGAAAAUCAGCGUUGAAAAGAAAAAACCGGAAAGUCCAGAACUUGAGAAAGAGCUUAAACAGCUCGACUUAAAACGAAUUAGGCGGAAAUCUUUAACUUUCGAAGAAAUCACAAUUGAAGACACAGAAUUGAAGGAAAAAGUUGAAGAAGAGGAAGAAGACGAAGACAAAAGGGUCAGAAAAAUUCCGUUCUCGGACAAACCCAUUGCUUUGAAGAAGGUAACCGUUGAGAAGAGAAAAAGUCACAAAGAAAAGCUAGAUAAAAUGGAGCUGAAGCACGUCAUGAAGAAGGCUUCGACAAAAAUCGCGGAAAUGGAAUUGAAAGGGCCGGUAUCGGAAAAAGCUCAUGUAGAUGAUACAUUGAAGGAUAGUUUAAAACCUGUCAGAAGGAAAUCCUAUGAUUUCGCAACAAUUGAAUCAGAAAUAGAAGAGGUGCGCCAUAAAGCAGAAACAGACGUUCCGGCGUGGGUUCAAACUCCCGUUUCACUGAAGAAAAUAAUCAGCGAAAAAAAGGAGAUCGAGAAAGAGAAAUUGGAGGCAGUUUCCUUAAAACCAGUCAGGCGAGGCUCCCAAACAGUGCCUAUGAUCCCUGAAGAAGAAGGAGAGGAGUCUCAAGUCAUACCAUGGACUCAAGAACCCAUCACACUGAAACAAACAAAGACACAGAAAAGACCAAUAGUUCACGAGACUGUUGAGAAAGUUCAGUUGAGGUCAACUAGUGAUGAUACGGCAGUAGUGAGGCUCGAAGAGGAAACAACAUCGAAAUCCGACAUUUCUCCGGCAAAAUUGUACAAGUCUCUUAAGCAAGACUUGAAAAAAGUCAUUAAAAAAGCUAAAACUGAUGAAACUGAAGUAGAUUUGGCGGAAGAAGUGACGGAAGAAUACCGCGCGCCAAGACAGUGGAAGGAAGAAAAUAUCAAAUUAAAAAAGACCACAUUACCGAAAAAGGACUUAACGAAAGAAAAAAUGGAGACUGUUACUUUAAAGAAAACUGAAAAGACAAUCGAAAUGAAAGAACAGAUCCCCGAGGGACCUGUCAGCGAGUUACCGACCAAUCAGACGCAGCCUUGGACGAAAGAGGUGGUUAAUCUGAAAAAAGUUGAAACGCAGAAGCGAAAGCCCAGUAAAGAGACGAUUGAAAAAGUUACCCUCAAAUCGGUCAAGUCCAAAGAAUCGUUUUUGAACGUGGAGGAAGUAAUCAAAGACAAAUACCCAUGGCAGACCAAAGCAGAAGACAUUUCCAAAUCACAGCUUGUUGCGAAGCAGAAGACCUCGCAGACAGAAAAGCAGGACAACGUUUUUGAAGUCUCAAAUCAGACAGAAUUGUUGGAUUGGCGUAAACAACACCGUAAAGAAAGAAGAGAUUCAUCUGAAAAUUUGUUGGACUUGAAAAACUUACCACGGUCGGAAGAUGAUGUUGAUGGUGAAAAAUUAUUGGAAGUGUCUGAUCAGACGGAGAUCCAAGAUUGGCGGAAGAAAACCCGAACCUAUAGACGCGAUUCAUCAGAAAAUGUUAUUGCUCUAAACGAAAAGCACAAACCGAAGGACACGCCAUCAGAAAAUAUCUUAAGAAAAUCAUCAGAUGCCAAACAGUUCGAAAUAUCUGAGCAAACUGAACUACUCGACUGGAGGAAAAAGAAACCAUCAGAAAGAAAGGAUUCCUCUGAAAAUCUUCUCAUAAACAAAAACGUCCCCCAACCUGUUGAGCUAACGCAAGGCAGCGCUGCAGAUAACUUGAAACAACCGAAGAUCGAAGGACCGGAAAAACCUGACGGACCUGGUGGACCUGGAUCUUCAACGGUUGAAGAAAAAACAUCCGUAGCUCCAUGGAGGAGGAAGAGGCCAAGCCUUCCAUCAAGCGAAACAGUUACUUCACCUCUGGAAACCAAACCAAAUGAACAGACCGAAGGAGUCAAGGCCACUGCUCCUUCAGUAAUCGCUGAAUCAGAUUUACCAGACACCACGAUAGCACCGUGGAGGAGGCCCAAAAAAGUGCAGCCUCAACCCCGUAUUAGUGAAAUGUCAAAAACUCAUGAACAGAAAAUUGAGGACAGAGCUGACGAAGCUCCUGAUGUAAUACCAGAUGUAGGAAAGCUCGAAGAACAUAGCCCCGAACGAAUGAAAUCUUUAACCGAAAGAACACCACGACCGUGGAUGGAAGAAAAAAUAAAGCCUGAAUCGCAGACAAAACGUAAAACUGAAAAGUCACAGGGAGAAUCACGGCCCGCUAUUGACGUCUCGGCCCCCCAUGGAGUGUUAGACGGGAAUCUUGUAAUACCUUACAGCGAAGACCAACCUUUGGAACAAAAAACAGUUCCUUGGACUGAGGAAAAAGUGCAGCUCAAACCACGGAAGUUCGAAAAGAAAGAAAUUCCAAGGGAGACGUUGGAAACGGUCAAAUUAAAGCCGGUCAUUCAGGGGCCUAAGAAGUCCGUAGUCGAGGAGACUGGAAUACCUGAAUUGAGUGAUACAGAUGACAAUCUGCCAAUCAUCAAAAUCAGACUUAUAAAGAAAAAGAAACGUGGCAAGACAUCCGGUGAAAAACCCGUUGAUUCUGCUGAAGAAGCGUUAGAAGCUUUGAAACAGGAAUCUUUUCCUUCAGAUGCAGAAUUUUUAAGUAAGUCCGUUGAAUUAGUUGAACCCGUAAAAGUAAUUGACGCUUUUCAUGCCACUCCAGAAGUAAGUAAAGAUCUUCCUUCUGAGCAAAAUGUACCUGAAACAUCAUUUAUUCCUUCAUGGAGGAAAAAGAAGCGUCCCUCAGUCGCAGGACAAGUUGAUAAAAGUCCAGCACUUGAAAUUGCAGAAGAAGCACUCCCGCAGUUACUCGGAAGACCUAGACCUUCUUUGGAUGACGAAGAUCUGAAAAUGCGACCUUUUGGGGCUCCCGAAGAAAAACCUGUUACGAUGGAAAAAACCACUACGCCGUCUAGCAGCCAGUUUAGACCAGAACACAUUGAAAAGGCAGAAGAGGCCAUUCUUGCUCCAUCCUUAACGGAAACAAAAUCAAAAGAUGCUCCUGAGUUGCAGACUUUGGAAGAAUUGUCUUCUCCUGAACAACUUUCACCCAAAGAAGUAAGCUCUACAAAAUUAAGCGAGAAAGUUGAUAAAAAACCGAAAAUAAAACGAGGGAAACCGAGCUUGCCUGAAGAAACACCAACAAAAGAACAGGCUGAUACAAGUAAAGUCACUGAAGUGCUACCUAGCUCACUAGAAUCUGAAGCUAAAGUAUCAGAUGUAAAACCGCCCAAACCUCAAAAGGUUAUUCCAUCGGAAGAGACCGGUGAUUCGCCGCAAAAAGACACACCCCCUUUCGUUGGCGUCAAGUUGAAAAAAGUCGCUCCCAGAUUUGCAAAAGAGAAGCAACCCGUUUCGAUUGAGCCGGUCCAUCUUAAAAGUAGGAAAGUAAUUGUUGAGUAUCCUCCGGCUCUAUUAUAUCCGAUCUCAGAACAACUAAAACCUGUUUUUAUCGAAUACGGGACGUUGUCGCGGAAUAUUGAGGAAGCCAAGAAAGUCAAGAGGAAGAAACCCUCACGUUUCUUACCGUCAGAGUCAGAUUCAGUCGAAUUAGAAAAAUACACUCCCUUUGAAGACCACCCUCUUGAUGAAGAAGAGAAAACCGUGGAAGAUCGAAAGCCUCGCAAAGCUCCUGUUAAAGAAAAAGAGCAACCCUCUGACGGCCGCAAGUUGCUCAUUGGGAAAGGGAAAGUUCCUGACGAUGAAAAAGCUGAAGAAAAAGUGAAACUGAAGAAAAUACCAGAACGAAAAAUAGAAGAUGUUUCACCCAAGGAGCAAAAACCUACUAAACCCAGUCCCCCAUCGUUAAUAAAAAAUGAAAUUGGCGAGGACGCAGAUUCUGACUUAAAACCUUUAGACGAAACUGAAACUGUUUUCCGUCCUGACGAUCUUCCAAAUUUAACGGUGGAAGAAAAACAACCUUCCUCUAAAGAGAAAGGCCUUACGAGACCGAAAAAAAUACGUGAUAAUAUUCCUGAAGAGACUCCGCAACCUGAAGAAAGACCCCUAGUGUAUGGGAAACCUAAGCCUAAAACGGAAGAGGACAGUCCAGAUGUAAAAUUUAAGUACAAACAAGGAGCUCCGAAGGAUAAUCUUCCCGAUGAAGUAAAGCUAAAGCCAUUUCCGAAGGAUAAGAAUGAGAGAGAUAAGCCAGAAAAAGAACUAUCCGUCGGAAAGCCAAAGCCAAGUGAUGGAACCAGUGACGUUGAGGAACUGUCGCCGCGAGAAAUACCAGUCUUUCCCGAUAAAAAGAGGAAGAAACCUAAAACUUCUUCACCUAGUAUAUCGUCGGAAGAAAUGAGCGUUGAACCGAUUCCAAUGUCCGAGAAAUCUCCAUCGGCGCCAGAGGAAACUGCUGAGACUGAAAUUCAAGCCCAAGAACUCGAUGACCAACCAUCGGAUGACAAUUACGUCACUCGAAUCGAAACCGUCGUCCAGAUAGAUGAAAGUGGCAAUAAAAAAGUUUCCAAAAGAAAGAAAAAGAAAGUUUUGAAAGGUGACAAAGAGACUACACUUGUAGAGGAGGUUCAAAUUCAUCGACCUGACUUGACUGAUAUAACUGAUGAGCUGAUACCUUCUUUCCCUGGGUUAGUGGUUGAGGAGGCUAAACCAGCAAUUGAAUUAGAUGACAAGAAUGUACCUACUGUAGUUGAAGUUAAAUCUUUCGUUGAUGGACAAGGACGCAAGAAGAUUAUUCGUAAGAAAACGAAGAAAACUGACGAAGGUGGGAAAGAGAUUUUGACUAUUGUUGAAGAAGAAUUGAAACAGCCAUUCGCUGAACAGCUAAUGGAUACUUGUCAGCCUCAUGGUUCUCUGCCAGAGGAAGGUACUACGCCUUAUCCACUCGAGAUUUCAAAACAUGAUUCGGUGACUAUUAAGGUUGAAACGAGCAUUCGAUCUGAGAAAAAUGGUCGGAAAAAGGUCACAAAGAAAAGAACGAAGAAGAUAUCCAAAGACGGUAAAGAGUCAAUAGUUGUAGAAGAAGUAGAACUUGAAAACCCUGAAAUUGCUGAUGUCGCGGAUGAGAUUGUGCCCCUUGCUGCAGGUUUUAAACUUUUAAAAUCGAAACCUGUUAUUGAACGUGAUGAAAAAGGCUUUUGUACACUUGUGGAAGUUAAACAUUUUGUUGACAAAACGGGACGCAAAAGAACUGUGCGUAAAACAUCAAAGAAAGUCUUAGAAGGUGAAGAUGAAAUUGUUACAGUGGUAGAAGAAGAUUUACAGCAACCUUCAUCUGAAGAAAAGCCAGAGUAUGUAGAUUUCGAAAGUCCAAAAUCUGUGAAGAAAGUGAAGCCAGAGAAAGAUGAAGGAAUAGUGACCAAAGUAGAAACACUCGUUUGCACGGACAAGAAAGGUAAGCGGAAAGUAUUCAAGAAAAGACUAAAGCAAGUUCGGAUGGAUGGUAAAGAUACUGAAGUAGUGGAGCAACUUCAAAUUGAUAAUCCUGAUACGAUAGACGUCAGAGAUGAAAUUUUGCCACUUGUUCCGGGUAUCGAUUAUAUUGAGACCGAGCCUGUGAUCGAACUUGAUGAAAAAGGCACUCCCACGGUAGUGGAAGUAAAAUCGUUCAUCGAUAAAUCAGGACGGAAGAAGACGGUCCGGAAAAAAACUAAGAAAACAACCGAGGACGGCAAAGAGAUUUUACAAAUAGUCGAAGAAGAAUUGAAACAGCCUCUAAUAGAAGAUGUUUCAACUGAUGAAUCACACCCAUUAAUUCCGACCACAACAGAAAUAAUCCAUUUGAAGCCAGAUAAACGGGAAAAAGAUAAUCUUACUAAAGUCGAGACAGUCGUACGCACAGACGAACGAGGUGAAAAAUCCGUCGUUAAAAAGAGAACUAGGCAGGUCAAACGAGACGGCAAGGACUCAGUCGUGGUAGAAGAAGUUCAGAUACUUGAACCGAAACUUACUGACCUAUGUGAUGAAAUUGUUCCCGGAUUUCCUUCCAUAGAAUUUGUUGAAGUAGAGCCUACAAUUGAGCGUGAUGAAAAAGGCAUUCCAAUAGUGGUAGAAGUAAAGUCCUUCAUUGAUGAGAAAGGACGCAAAAAAACAAUUCGGAAAAAAACGAAGAAAACUCUAACGGGUGGCAAAGAAGUUGUAACGACUAUUGAGGAAGUAAUUAAACAACACGCAUUUGAGGAAACGCCCCAAGAAACGGUUGAACUAUUUGGUGAAACUGCUGAGAAAAGAAAGAGACCUGUGAUGAAGGAUGUACCUGAUGAUGACACGAUCUUAACCAAAGUAGAGACUACUGUCCGCAUUGACGACAAAGGUAAAAAAACAAUUCUAAAAAAGAAAACUAAACAGGUCAAAAAAAAUGGCCUAGACUCAGAAGUGGUUGAAGAAGUACAUAUAGAUGAACCCAAGUUGACGGAUCUACUGGAAGAAAUUAUUCCCAGUCUACCUGACACUGAAAUCAUCAAAUCGAAACCUAUAAUUGAACGUGACGAAAAAGGUAUUCCAACUCUUGUUGAAACCAAGUCUUUUGUUGACGACUUAGGUCGUAAGAGAGUAGUUCGGAAAAAAACGAAAAGAACUUCCGAUGGUGGAGAGGAUAUCGUCACAAUUGUCGAGGAAGAGAUCAAACAGCCUGUGGUGGACGAUUUAUCAGAUUCAACAGUCAAAGAGUUAACUCCUCGAAGUCCAAAAGAUGUAAAGCCCGUGGAACAAGAUGCAACACUCGGAGAAACGGUUGUUACAAAGAUAGAAACUGUCGUACAGAUCGGACCAAAAGAUCAAACCAGUGUUGUCAAACGGAAAACAAAGAAGAAAAUAAUAAAUGGAAGUGAAAUUGAAACUGUCGAAGAAAAAAAUAUUUUUCAGCCAGUCAUCAGUGACAUCUCCGAUGAGUUGGGGCCAACUCCAUCUUUUUUCACCCCAGAUGUUGAUUGCACUCGAAUAGUUCCGUAUAUCGAAUUUACUGAGUCAGGAACACCAGCAGUAGUAGAAAUUAAGUCGUUUAUUGACAAAACGGGCCGUAAAAAAAUUGUCCGUAAAAAGACCGUUAGAGACAUUGGUGAUGGAGCAGGAACUGUUACCAUAACGGAAGAAGAUCUAACAGAAUGUGCCCCUGAGGAUGUAAUCGCUGAAUUGGCUGCCGUCGAAAAUUCACCCGUCCAAGAAGCCUUAACACGAGUCGUCGAAAGUGGUAAUCAAAAGACGAUUCGCAAACGCACUAAGAAAAUCGUCAAAGAUAAAAAAGAAACUAUCGUCACUGAAGAGAUGUUGGCCGAAAAGCCGGAAAUUGUUGAAAUAGCAGACGAAACCACAUUAGAUAUGCUUGCGUUGGAGGCUGUGCCUCAUGUAGAAUAUGAUGAGAAAGACAUACCAAUGAUAGUAGAAAUCAAGCCUGUCAUUGAUAGUCUUGGACGCCCCAAAAGUCUUAAGCGGAAAGUUAAGAAAUCCGUCCAUGGGCGUCAGGAAGUGGUGUCUAUAACUGAGGAAGUUUUGACCGAUAGCGUCGAGCCGCUCUCCAUUCAGAACAUUCCUUCUGAAGUAUUGGAAUAUACGGUUCAACCCAGAUCGAAAACUGAGGUGAAAAAAAUUGAAACUCAAAUCGAAAUUGAUACCCAAGGCGGAAAAAGAACAAUAAGAAGAAAAAAGAAAAAGGUAUCCGAAGACGGUAAGGUACUGGAAACCAUGGAGGAAAAGAUGUUUGAAGAACCUGAAAGUCUAGAAAGAGUAGACGAAUUGUUACCCGAAAUGCCUACCACUGAUGUCGUCGAAUUAACACCGACAGUUGAAUUUGACGAUCAAGGAACGCCAUGUAUCGUUAAAGUAAAAUCAUUUAUUGACGAAACCGGACAGAAACGAAUCGUGCGAAAGAAAACUAAGAAACAAUUAAUAGCUGGAAAGGAAAUAAUAACUAUCGUUGAAGAGCAAUUGAAGCAACCUGUAGUAGAAGGAUUGGAUGAUGAUGUGACUCACCCGCUGAAACACCUGUCUCUGAAAUCGUUAGAGCCACGAGUGGAAGAAGAACCAGAAGAGCAAACUACCGUUACUAAGAUUGAAACGAUUGUAACACUUGACAGAAGUGGGAAGAAAAAAAUCGUGAAGAAAAGAAAGAGGAAUAUUUUGGAAGAUGGUGUAAAAAAAGUAGUUGUGGAGGAAGAAUACAUUCAAGAACCCGAAAUCACCGAGAUAUCAGAUGAGUUAGCCCCAGUUCUCCCUGAUUUACAGCUCAUCAAAGCAAAGCCUGUUAUCCAGUUCGAUGAUGAGGGUGUGCCAACUGUUGUUGAAGUCAAGGCAUUUUUAGACAAAACUGGGCGUAAGAAAGUUGUCCGCAAAAAAUCUAAAAAGUGUGCGAAAAAUGGUGAAGAAGUUUUACAUAUAGUCGAAGAGUUCCUUAAACAGCCUGAAAUAGCAGAACUUCCCGACGAAAUUAGAAGCGCAAUAAAGCCAGAGAAAUCUUUCGAUAAACCUGCAAUUCCACAUAGCAAGCCGGAAGAAACCGAUCACCCCGUGAAAAAAAUAUCUUUGGUCAAGGAUAAAAAAGAUAGACCCGUAAAAUCUCCAGAGAAGAAGAAACCAUUGAAAGGUUUCUCUGAGCCAGAAGAGGAAGACAUCUUCCCGCAAGAGUCUGCAGCGCCUACCCAAGUUGUAACGUUUAUAGAUGAAAAUGGACGCGCAAGAACCAUCCGAAAGAAACCGAAGAAAACAAUUAUCGAUGGGAAAGUGACGAAAACCCUUGUUGAAGAAGAAAUAACACGACCAACAGUCUUAGAGUUACAAGACGAAAUAAACAAGUCUCUUCCUUUCGAAGUAGCACCUUCAGAUACAGCUUCGGUUCUAAGAGUUCCUAAAAAAGAUGAAUGUGUUACAAGUGUUGAGACCACCAUAAAAAUUGAUGAUGCAGGUCAUAAAAAAGUCGUCAAAAAAAGGAAAAAAAAGGUCGUUCAAAAUGGAGUUGAAAUUGACGUAAUCGAAGAAAAGCAGGUUAGUCUACCUCUAAUUUCAGAUGUUCUAGAUGAACUGGUUCCGGAUUGUAUUCAGAAUGAAGUUAUUAAGGCGACACCAUCCGUGGAACUUGAUGAGAAAGGUGUUCCUACGCUAGUUGAGGUGAAAGCUUACGUUGAUAAAUCAGGAAAAAAGAAAGUUAUCCGUAAGAAGACUCGAAAAAUGGUAGACGGGAAGGACGAAGUAGUAUCUAUUAUCGAAGAGGAAGUUCCGAUUCCUUCUGAUACUGUACCUGAUGCUACAAAACCUAUUGAAUCCUCCGAAGUUCCCCUUACUUCAGAAGAUGCUUACCCUGAUGAGGUUACUGUUACAAAGGUUGAAACUCUAAUAGAUGUUAAUGAACGGGGACCGCAGAAAGUCAAACGUAGGAAGGCUAAAAAAGUAAAGAAAGAUAACGAAGAAGUAAUAGUCGUUGAAGAUGUCCCAGUUCAUAUUCCCGACACGCCUUCGCUGUUCGAUGAUGUACCAGAGGACGUUUCGAACCUCGUUCAUGCUGUACCCAACAUACAGUCAGACGAAAUGGGCGCACCCAUCUUAGUUGAAGAAAAGGUAUUUUAUGAUAAACUUGGCAACAAGAAAAAGCUUCGAAGAAAAACGAAAAAAUCCAAAGUAGAUGGAAAAACUAUAAUCUCUGUCGUCGAGGAAGAAAUUUCACGACCCGUUUCAGAAAUUGUAUCCUCACAUGAUUCUUCAAAGCCUGAAAAAGCGUCUGACGUCAAGUUACAACCUAUUGAAAAGAAAGAGGCUGGUCCAAAAAAGCCAAAAUUCGCUGAUAUUAGCCAAGUCCCUCUGUUUGCAGAUAUUCAAUUGAAAAAGGCUCUAGUUAAACGUCCCACAACUCAAAAGACAGUCUCUAUUGAAAAAAUUUUACUCAGAAGUAGAAUAACUAGGAUCGAGUAUCCACCGUCUAUCAAACACCUCACCGUCGAAGAGUUGGAACCAGUUUUCGUGGACAAUGGAGUUUUAUCCCGAAACGUAGAAGAAUCGUUAAAGCUCAGGAGGAAAAAGCCCAGACGCUUCAAGCCAUCUGAAGUAGAUACUGCAGAGCUUGAAAAAUAUACACCCUUUGUAGAUGAGCCAGCUAAGGAGAUUCCGGACAUUCUUGAAGAUCGAAAGUCCAAACCAGAUGAAGUUGAGCCAAAAGAAGGGGCUCAACUAAGCCCAAAACUUGUACUCGGAAAAGGGAAAAUCCCUGUCAAAGAUUCAAAUAUUGAGGAAGUAACAUUGAAAAAAAUACCUCCAAAAGAGAAAUCUGAGGUAUCUUUAGGUAAAGAAAAACCCCAGAAUCUCAAACCGUCACGAACAAUUGAAGAAACUCCUCGUGAUGAUGUUAACAUUACUCUUAAACCGUUCGAUAAAAUUGAGACCAAGCAUCAGAUGGAUGAGAAACCGACUAGCCCAGAGGAAAUGAAGCCGUCAGAAGGAUAUCCGCUCAAACCAGACAAAAUGGGGCGAAAAAGAGCCAAAGUCCCUGAGGCUGAUCAACAGCCUGAGGACAAACCGCUUGUACUGGGACAACCAAAGGCAGGACCGGACGAAGAUUCUAAAGUUCUGAAACUUAAGAAGAAGCAAGGCCCACCACGAGAAGAUGCACCAGAUUCCAUAAUACUUAAACCAUUUGAGAAAGAAAAAGUGGAUGAUACGUUGCCAGGCAGAGAUAUUUCAAUUGGUAAACCUAGUCCCUUCGAAGUCCCAUCGGAUGCCGACGAAAUUAAACCGAAGAAAAUUACGGAUACUCCUGAUAAAAAGAAAAAGAAACUCAAGACUCAUGAGUCUCCUAGGUCCAAAGAUGUAUCCCAUUUGGCUCCAGAAGAAGUUGAAGAAUGCCCUUCAGAUGUAGUAAUGAAACCCGAACAAUCUGAUUAUGAUGAAGCGGAAGUGGUGAAAGUUGAGACAACUAUUCAAGUUGAUGAAACUGGACGUAAAAAAAUAAUUAAGAAGCGAAAGAAGAAGAUAGUAAAAGAUGGUCGUGUAACUGAAUUAGUAGAGGAAGUGCCUAUCGACAAUGCUGAGAUUAAUGAUGUCUUAGAUGAACUUGCACCCAGUUUACCAGGUAGUGAUUUAACCGUGGCUAAGCCUGUGAUCGAGAGGGAUGAUAGUGGUGCUCCCACCGUUGUCGAGGUCAAAUCCUUCAUCGAUAAAUUCGGUCAGAAAAAAGUGGUUCGUAAGAAAACAAAGAAGACCACCGAGAACGGGAAGGAGAUCAUUACUAUCACCGAAGAGGAAAUAAAACAGCCGUCGACAUCUGAAAUUUUUGAUGAAGAAGUGCAACCUUUAAUGCAACCGGAUGAGCAACAACUGGAGUCCGCUGUAGAGGAAGCUACGAUGGAAGAGGCUGUUGUAACUAAAGUUGAAACAUUUAUUUUUGAUGACCAAAAAGGUGGACGCAGAGUUGUGAGAAAAAGAACGAAAAAAAUGAAGAAGGAUGGAAAAGAAACUGAAACUGUGGAAGAAACGGAAAUAAAGCAACCGAAUAUCGCUGACAUAACUGACGAAAUUGUACCCACUUUGCCGUCCGUUAAGUUCAUCCAAGCAAUUCCUACCGUAGAAUUCGAUGAAAAAGGAACUCCGUCGGUAGUUGAAGUCAAAUCUUUUGUUGACAAUGUUGGUCGACAGAAAAUCGUGCGCAAGAAGACGAAGAAAAUAAAAGAGCAUGGUACGGAAUCUGUCUCUAUCGUUGAAGAAGAUAUCACGAAAAUAGCGCCACAUGAGCUAGUCGAAGAAUUGACUUCGCUGGAUAACAAUAAAAUAGAAGAAGAAUCAUUAUUGCGAGUUGAUGAAAGACGUCGAAAAAAAGUAAUUACAAAACGUACGAGGAAGAUAAAAAAAGGAGGGCGAGAACCCGUAGUUACAGAAGAAAUUCCAUCACGCGGCCUGGAAAUUACUGAGUUAACUGACGAGGCUGCGCCAUAUUUCACAGGUCCUCUCGAUAUUAUUGCUACCAUACCAGUAGUUGAAUUUGAUGAAAUGAAUAUGCCAGUCGUUGUCGAAAUCAAGCCAGUUUUUGACAUUUCGGGAAAUAGAAAACUAAUAAAGAGGAAGAUCAAGAAAAAAGUCCAAAACGAUAAAGACGUCAUUCUUAUUACUGAGGAGGAAGUGAAGCAAGUUACGUUUGAUGAACAUCCCGAGGACAUUACUGAGGGUCCAGUUGAAGGUCCCGAAGACGCUCAACCUGUAGUGGAGCAACCAUCCGAUGAGGAUAAUGAGAAUGCUAACACAGAGACAAUUACCGACACAAACGAAUCUGGUAGGAAGAAAUUUGUCAAGAAGAAAGUUAAAAAAUCAAUUCAGAACGGGAAAGAGGUCGUUGAAGUUGAGCACAAAUUUGUUGACCAGCCAGAAAUAACUGAUGUGACCGAUGAAGUAUCCGAAAGGUGUUUUAGUGAAGAAAGACAGCAACCCACGGUAGAAGAAAUUCCAGAUGAUCUAAUCGAAACGCCUGCAACUCAUACAGACUCAUUACGUCACGCGCCAGAAGAGGAGACUCCACUGAAAACGUUGCCUAAAAAAAUUUUGCGUAAAAAGGUAAAGAAAACUGUCAAAGAUGGAAAAGAAACCACCACUGUCACCGAAGAGGUCAUCAAACAAUCAGAGGUUGGCGAAUUUUCUGAAGAUAAAACGAGUCCAUCGAAGAUAGGACCCGUAGAAGAAGUAAUCGAAAAAAUUGAGACCGUCUCUGAAGUUGACGAGAAGGGAAUGAAACAGGUGAAGCAAAAAAGAACGAAGAAGAUUCGGAAGGAUGGACUUGAUUAUGUAGUGAUUGAAGAACUACCAGUUCAUGAAGCUGAUACAGAAGACGCCGUUGAAAUAAUUCCUGAAGAGUUGCAAGAAUCUGAAGUAAUCGAAGCAAUGCCAGUUGUCGAGUUAGACGAAUUGGGUAUUCCCAUUUUAGUAGAAGAGAAAGUACUGACUGAUAAAUUAGGUAAAAAGAAGAAAAUUCGCAGGAAAACGAAGAAAACGCCUCAUGGAGAGGAGGUUAUCACUGUUAUCGAACAAGAAAUUCCUGCGUCAACACCUCAGGAAUCAGAAUUACCAGACGUUCUUAAACCAGAAAAACCGUCGGAUCUUCAAUUGCUCCCUCUGAAGAAGAAAGAAAUAAGUCCCGAGAAACCAAAAAUCUCAGAUAUUAGUGCAGUGCCAUCAUUUGCCGAAAUUAAGUUAAAAAAGGCUCCCAUUCAACGACCUCGAGAUCGUAAGUCAGUGUCAAUGGAGAAAAUUUUAUUAAAAAGUAGACUUACAAGGGUUCCGUACCCUCCGUCGAUUAAGCAUUUGAAGGUAGAAGAUUUAAAGCCCGUUUUUGUAGAUAAUGGUGUCUUAUCUCGGAAUGUCGAAGAAUCCUUAAAAUUGAAAAAGAAAAGGCCUCGUCGUUUUAAGCCCUCCGAAUCGGACUUGGCAGACCUAGAUAAAUAUACGCCGUAUGAAGAAACUCCUGUAGAAAAAUCACCCCAAGAAUUAGGAGAACUCAAGCCCAAAAAAGAACCAAGUGAGAAAGAAGAAAAAUUGCCCUUGGCAACAAAACUAAAAAUCGGGAAAGGUAAAAUUCCAAAGGAAAUUGCUCAGUCUGAAGAAGUUACCCUUCGUAAAAUACCUACCAAAGAAAAGCCCUCUGAGAAGCCAGAUGAAACCGUACCGCAGACAUUAAAAUCAGUCCCAUCAGUUGUUGAUAAACGUCCGGAAGAUUUUGAAUACAAGCUGAAACCAAUAGACAAAGUAGAUACUUCUCACUCACCUGAUGAAACUCCCAUACCUGCUGAAACUGCAGCUUUUCCACAAGAAGAAACGCCUGCACCCCACAAAUCCAAAGAGCAAGUAGAGAAACCGAAAUUGGAAGAUUCCCAACCGGAGACAAAGCCUCUUAUAUUCGCUAAACCGAAGAAAAAAGGCGAGGAAGAACAUCCAAGUAUCAAUCUUCGAAAAAAGCAAGGUCCGCCCGAAAAACAUGUACCAGAAACGGUUGUGCUAAAACCGAUCAAGAAACCAAAAUUGGAAAAAUAUGACGCUGAAAAAGACUUGACAGUGGAAAAAUUAACACCUGUAGGUAGAAAGAGUGACGAUGAAGAGAUUGAUCUAGACAAAUUUAAAACAAGACCAACAAAAGAGAAAUCAAAGAAGAAAAAACCCUCUAAAAUACCUGUUGCAAGGCUUGAUAGCGAAGCUCAGGAAGGAAGUCUGCAGCCAGAAAAUACCGAACAAUUGAAGUCUUCGAGUGAAGACGAAAGUCCCAUGUCAGGAGCAAAGAAGUCAGAGGAUGAAGAUGUAGCCUCUCUGCCGAAGGAAGAAGUGCCUGAAGGUGCCUCAUUGCAAGAAUUAGACUCCGAGAUUGGUCCUAUUGAUCAAAUGUCCCCCUCAGAAUCAAAAGAUGAAAUUAUAAGUCAAAUUCCGCUACUCGUGGGCUCGAAAAAGAGAGCAAAAAAACCAAAGGCGCGUAAAAGUAAACCUGAUGACUCAACUCCGGAAGUAGCACCAGAAGAAAAACUCCCUGAAGAGGAAACUGCCCCUCAAUUAACUCCCGAGAGAAAGAAAAAACCGAAGUACACGCUUCACCCCAUGGAGAUAACGGAUGUCUCUCCUACCAAGCUAGAAUUGACGGACGUUGAUCAUUUACCAAGCUUUGCCACCAUCAAACUGAAAAAAGCGCCUAUUAAACCGAAGAAAGAAAUUGAAUCCGUGAAAUUAGAGAAAAUCCUUCUGAAGAGCAGAAUCGUGCGUUUAGAAUACCCUCCGUCCGAGCAAAAGCCCAAGAUAUCGGAACUUGAACCAAUUUACGUAGAUAAUGGGGUACUAUCUCGAAACUACGCAGAGGCACUGAAGGUGAGGAGAACCAAACCUAGACGUUUCAAGCCCUCUGAAUUGGAAUUGCCAGAACUUGAAAAGUUUGAACCAUUCGAAGAGACGCCACGUCCUGAAGAUCAGCCAGAGCAGCCGGAUGUGCCAAAGCCUGCAGAAAAACCCGCGAAGCCUGAAGAUGAAACCGAAAAGAAGCCAAGUCUACGUAUAGGCAAAGGCAAAAUGCCUCCCGGGGAAGAUCUCCCGGAAGUUGUCACGUUGAAAAAGAUCCCACGUAAAGAAAAACCCGAAGCUCCACCGGAAGAAGAUAAACCCCAGAAACUUAAACCGUCCCCUCAUCUGGAAGACAAACCCGCGGAAGACGCUACCUUCAAGCUAAAACCUAUCAAACCGAUCAAAACAACGUUCCCAGAGGACGAAACGCUUUUACCUGAGGUAACUGAGAAGGAAACGCCUGAUCAAUCACCUGAGGUAACAAAACCCAAGAAAAAGCCUAAAAAACCUGCUCCCGAAGCGCCCGCUCCGGAAGUAAAGCCGUUGGUUUUGGGAAAACCGAAGCCUAAACCGGAAGACGAAAUUCCUGACAUCAAUUUAAGAUACAGACAGGGCCCGCCGAAGGACGAAGUACCCGAAACCAUUUCCCUGAAACCCAUCCGGAAGGACAAGCCUGAGGAUACUGGUCCUGAGAAGGACUUGUCAGUCGGCAAACCUGCACCUAUCGACAAACAGCCCGUCGAAGAAGUGGAAAGUGACAAAAAGCCGAAGAAGAAACAAAAGAAGCCAAAAGCCCGUGAAAGUAAACCUGAUGACUCAACUUUAGAAGCAGCACCAGAAGAAAAACUCCCUGAAGAGGAAACUGCCCCUCAAUUAACUCCCGAGAGAAAGAAAAAACCGAAGUAUACGCUUCACCCCAUGGAGAUAACGGAUGUCUCUCCUACCAAGCUAGAAAUGACGGACGUUGAUCAUUUACCAAGCUUUGCCACCAUCAAACUGAAAAAAGCGCCUAUAAAACCGAAGAAAGAAAUUGAAUCCGUGAAAUUAGAGAAAAUCCUUCUGAAGAGUAGAAUUGUGCGUUUAGAAUAUCCUCCGUCCGAGCAAAAGCCCAAGAUAUCGGAACUUGAACCAAUUUACGUAGAUAAUGGGGUACUAUCUCGAAACUACGCAGAGGCACUGAAGGUGAGGAGAACCAAACCUAGACGUUUCAAGCCCUCUGAAUUGGAAUUGCCAGAACUUGAAAAGUUUGAACCAUUCGAAGAGACGCCACGUCCUGAAGAUCAGCCAGAGCAGCCGGAUGUGCCAAAGCCUGCAGAAAAACCCGCGAAGCCUGAAGAUGAAACCGAAAAGAAGCCAGGUCUACGUAUAGGCAAAGGCAAAAUGCCUCCCGGGGAAGAUCUCCCGGAAGUUGUCACGUUGAAAAAGAUCCCACGUAAAGAAAAACCCGAAGCUCCACCGGAAGAAGAUAAACCCCAGAGACUUAAACCGUCCCCUCAUCUGGAAGACAAACCCGCGGAAGACGCUACCUUCAAGCUAAAACCUAUCAAACCGAUCAAAACAACGUUCCCAGAGGACGAAACGCUUUUACCUGAGGUAACUGAGAAGGAAACGCCUGAUCAAUCACCUGAGGUAACAAAACCCAAGAAAAAGCCUAAAAAACCUGCUCCCGAAGCGCCCGCUCCGGAAGUAAAGCCGUUGGUUUUGGGAAAACCGAAGCCUAAACCGGAAGACGAAAUUCCUGACAUCAAUUUAAGAUACAAACAGGGCCCGCCGAAGGACGAAGUACCCGAAACCAUUUCCCUAAAACCUAUCCAGAAGGACAAGCCUGAAGAUACUGGUCCUGAGAAGGACUUGUCAGUCGGCAAACCUGCACCUAUCGACAAACAGCCCGUCGAAGAAGUGGAAAGUGACAAGAAGCCGAAGAAGAAGAAAAAGAAGGAGAAAGACACUCUUCUCGUUGAAAAGCGUGAUGGGCGAAAAUCGCCUUCUCCCCCCCGGAAGGUGACCCAGGCACCCCGAUUUUCAGAGCGGCUCCAGCCGGUCGUGACCGAGCAUGAUAUGCCGUGUGCACUUACAUGUGUGGUAGAGGCCGUUCCGUCCCCCGAGAUCACAUGGUAUUUCAAUGGCUUGGAAAUCUUCAAGUCAGAGAAGUACUCAUUCAUUGUAGAGGAGAACCGCGUGACACUGAAGAUACACGCCGUCCGACAGGAGGACGUCGGGGUUUACUCUUGUAAGGCGGCUAACUCGGCAGGCGUGGCCACCUCCACAGCCAACCUCAUUCUGCUAGAGCCGGAGGUGACGGGCGACGCGCCCAAGUUUACGGAGCCGCUGAAGCCGGUGCUGGCCAAGCCGCGCUCGGAGACGGUCCUCACAGCGGUGGUUGUAGGCUCGCCGCUGCCCACGGUCCUUUGGUUCGCCCGCGAGAAGGAAAUCGUCCCAGACGAAACCCACGUCGUAGAGUUCAACCCGGAGACGGGUCGCACUACCCUCACCAUCUCCGAGGUGACCGAGCUAGACGAGACCGUAUACUCCAUCAAGGCUGUCAACGUCUUCGGUCGGGCCGAGUGCAAAGCCAACCUUGUCAUCAGUGAAGUUCCGGUCGUGAAAGAGGUGUCUAAAUUCGAGGCCCCUGGCAUCAUUAAACCAUUGGAAGCUCUGACUGUACCUAAAGGUUCAACGGUGACUUUAGAGGCUGAAUUCACUGGUGUCCCUCAACCUGAGGUCAAAGUAUUCAAAAAUGGGAAAGAAUUAGAUUCAACAUCGGACUUGGAGGUCCAUCCAAACAAAUGCACCUUAACUUUGAAAAAUGUCAAAUCAAACAUCGCUGGAAAGUACGAAGUUCGAGCUAUUAAUAUUGUUGGUGAAGCGCGCACUUCAAGCUCUGUGACUGUAAUUGACAAAAUAGAUGAAGAAAUGGAGAAUGUCAAAGGCCCGAGGUUUAUUGAAGCUCUAAAGCCCCAAUUUGUGUGUGAAGCUGGUGCAGUCAUCAUGGAAGUUCUGGUUGACUCAUAUCCAACAUGUUCAUUCCAAUGGUUUCAACAUUCCACACCCAUCAAGUCAAGCCCAGAAUUGCGCGUCACUUCAGAAGCUAAUCGCUCAACAUUGAUGAUUGCAAAAGCAAAGUAUGAAGAUGCUGGUGAUUUUACUUGUCGGGCUGAAAAUGUUGCGGGCUCAGUAACGUGCACUGCUUCUCUUUCAGUCAUUCCAGAGAUGGAUGUAGCACAAGACCUCACUCCCCCCAGCUUUAUUGUGAAACCAAAAUCAGCAAGAGUCAUGGAUGGUCAACCGGUUCUCUUCAAAGCUAAGGUAACAGGACAUCCAAUACCUUUGGUAUCAUGGCUUCAUGAUGGUAAACCGAUCAAAGAGGGGAAGGUGGUCUCUGUAACACAAAAUAGCGAAGGUGUGUGUGAGUUGGCCAUCUCGGAAGUAUUCCCCGAAGACUGCGGUCAGUAUGUGUGCCAAGCCGUCAAUCCUGCUGGCGAAGCAGUUUGCUCUACAUUUUUGGCUGUCGAACCGUAUGAAUAUUCUCCUGAUUCUGAAAUAGCAUCAAUAACAGUAGGAGCAUCGGUGGCUCCUGCUCCUGAUGACUCAGACGAAGAUGUUGCUGAUAAGGACCUCUUGACUGAUGUCUCAGAGGAGCCGUCAGAUGUUGAAAUGGAUAAAGCACCGUACUUUAUUGUACCCCUGGAAGAAAAAUUAGUUGUUCAAGAGAAUGAUAUUGCAAGAUUUGAAGUCAAAGUUGAAGGAUUGCCGAAACCGGAAAUCCAAUGGUACAUUAAUGGUAACCCAGUAUAUCCUUCUGACAAUACAAAAAUUGAAGAUUUUGAAGACGGAACAUCUGUGCUAACGAUUCCUGAGGCCAAACCUGAGGAACAUUUGAUUGAAAUCAUGUGUGAAGCAGUGAAUGAAGCGGGUGCUUCCUCAUGUGUUUCGUACUUCGGUGUUGUUGGAACAAAAGACUACCGCAAACCGAAAUGGGUGACGGAGAUGGAAGCUCUCCAAGAAAAGCUGAAAGACACUCGUUCUCCACCUGUAUUUGUUCAAGAAAUCACAGAUGUAAGAGCACGAGAGUAUGAAACUGCUUCCUUCGAUUGUCAAUUUUCUGGAAAACCUUUACCAGAUGUUGUUUGGUACCGUAAUGACAAGAUGCUGUUCAAUUCUGAGAAUGUUAAAAUCUCCAUCAAGAACAACAGAAGCUCUGUCAAAAUUUUAAGUGCUAAACCUGAAGAUGCAGGAACAUAUGUUUGCAAAGCAGUUAGUGAUGUCGGGGAAGUUACGACAAAGGCCAAACUUUACUGCAUCCCCAGCGACAUGACACCUGAGGAAAGGGAAGCCUUUGAAUCCCAAAUAAGAGAUGAAGCAGAAGAAGAAAAAGAAAAUAAAGAAAUUAAAGUCAAGAAGAAGAAGAGAGUCAUCAAGAAGAAGAAGUCCAAGGAUCUAGAAGAAAAGCGGGGCUCUGUCCAAGAAACAGAGGCAGUACCGGAAACUGAUGAAACGAAAGAACUAACUCCAAAACCAGUUGAAGAGGGUGUUGCAGACACAAAAUUAGAAGUUGCCGAACCAGUUGAGGUAACAGCUGUCGCCACUCAAAAGAAAAUUGAGGAGAAAGUAGAAGAACUUAAGUCGGAAGUUGAAAUAGCAAAGAUCAUUGAAGAGUAUAAAGAGCCGAUAGAAGUAACUGAAGCUCGGGCAGAAGAGGUAGCACGUGAACUUGAGCCGCUUAAAGAACGGCUGCGGCGCAUGGCCAAGAUUCUGCGUCCAGUCCAAGAACCAGUCACCGUCACAGAGACUCGAUCUGAAGUAGAUGUAACAACAUUAAAGCAGCAACAAACGGUUACAAGAACGGCCAAGGCAUCCAGGACAACACAAGAAGCUAUCUCUGUGUCACAAGUCACAACAGAGGGGUCCACUGAAGAGCUUGUUGUUCCAAAGAAAACUCUUCGUCGAGCACAACCAGUGAUAGACAAACGAUUUGCUGUGGAAGUGGAAGAAUUAAUGAAACUUGUGAAUGCAGAAGAGUUUGGGCCAGGGAAGCAACCAUUGAAAGAAAUUGCCAAAGUUGGUAUCAUGCUGAGCAGCGGUGUUUCGACUGAAGAGGUUGUUACACAAUUCACGACUGCAUCAUUCCCUGCUUUGCGAACACCCAUUGCACAGGCAGCAAUGGUGUCCCUGGUGGAGAGGGAAGGACACAGCUCCCUGAUAUCACAAGUGUUCGAGCAAGAAACAACAACAGAGCAAAUCAUGACUGGUGUUUUCCGUGCAUUCCUCUCUUUUAUCGAGCUUAAACAUACAACAGUGGAGGAAAUUUUGACACUUUUCUCUCCAUCUGAUUUCCAGUCGGAGCCCUGGCAACAAGAGCAAAUUGCUAUGGCAUCAACGGAGGACAGAAAAUUAGAGACUGUCAAAGUUACCACUCAAGAGAGUAAAAAAGUUUCUAGGAAAGGAACAAAAAUUGUUCGCCAUGAUGAAACUGAAGAAUCAGUUGAAGAAACAAAAACACAAGUAACCACUGAGAGUAAACGGAGGGAAUCAGAAGACAGGCUGACAAUAACGGACAUAACAGAGGACACAACAAUCAAAAAUGCUACCGAUGAUGAAAAAACUAUCGUCUCUCUCACAGAAACAGUUGAUGAAGUUGUUAAUGAGAAAGGUAAAACAAUAAUCAAGAAAAAACGAGGAGAAAAGAAGAAAAAAGUGGUGUUUAAAGAUGAAAUUGAAGAAGAAUUGAUAGAAGAGGUCAUUGAGAAACAAAAGAAAACAGUAAUCAAAGGUGUGAAGCCGAAAGAAGCUAAGUUUGAUGAAGAAGUAACUGAGCCUAUCGAGCCUUUGAGUGUACCGUCCUUGAAAACCUUACCUAUAACAAGCUCCCAACAAGUGACUGAAUCAGUUCCUGGCCAGUCUGUUUCUCUAAUUGAUGAUGGACGAAUUUCUGCAGAAACAGCAAGUAUCGGGGUAUCUGUACAGAAAGUGGCAACCCAGCAAAUUGUCGAACAACAAGAAAAAGAAUCCAAAACAAAAACUUCCACUGCCCCCGAGAAGAAAGUAGCCAAGCGGAAAAUGAGUCCAACGGAGCCGUAUUCAAUCUCGCAGCCCAACGUAUUGGAUACGAUUGAGCCUCUUCAAAAAGUUGAACAAAUAGGGAAGAAAGCAUCACCAGCAAUCACACCGAAGGAAGGUUUAAUAGUGGAUGAAGUACAUCCUGACUCGAGUUUCAGCAGUACGCCUGAGUUUGUAAAACCUGAAACUCUAGCAUCCCGUACCGUAACUGAGCUUCACGCGGCUAAAGUCGUGUCAGAGACCGAAGUGUCCAUUAAAGAAGGGACGGUCACGUGCACGAAAUCUCAAACUGCGCAUGCAAAAAAAUCAGUCAUCACACAAGAAGGUGUUGAGGUGACUGAAAUCCUUGAGGGAGAGUCGGAAAUAGUUCUUCCAUGUGAAGCCAAGUCGAAUGAGCUGAAGCCUAAUGUUGAGAUCCCAGCAGUUGAGUCUGUUGUCAUUAGUGAAGUCUUCCCAGAAAUGAAGCCCGAUAAUUACCAACCAGAUCUUAAAGUGGCCACGGAAGUUGCAUCAAAGUCAGUUGUUCCAGAGAAACAGCUAAUUGUUACAGAUACAAUUCAGUUACCAGAAAAAGAGUCCUCCUACACUCCAGCGAGAUUGCCCAUCUCCCAACAAGCAGCUGUGGAGGUAAUGCCCGAAGACUCCAUGAUAAUUUCUGAGGUCCGAGUGAAUGAAAGCGAAGAAAAUUUGACACACAGCAAAGGACCUGACUUGACUCAUGCAGUAGAAAAAUUAGUGCAACAAGAAAGCAUCCAAGUAAAGUCUGUUCAAGCUCAAGAUAAAGAAGAAUUGUUUGAGACUUUUGCUCCUGAAAAUCGACAAGCAGAUGUACAACUUUCGGCUGUAGACUCACUGGUAAUGACAGAAACUCAGCCUGAAGAGCGUGAAACUACCUUGUCAGAGGAGGAAAAACCAACAAUGAAAAAGGUUGAAACGAAUGUCUGUUGUUUGGAAACUUCUUUAACAUCACAAGUGAUAUUCCAUGAAGCAGAAAGCGAGUUCAGCCCUAAGCAAAAGCCAACUGAAGUUUUACCUAAUACAGUCUAUCAACCACAGGAAUCUUUGUCUGUGACUGAAGCUAUUCCAGGCGAUGCUUUCUCUGAAUUUGUCAAGCCACUGAAAUUUGUCCCAGAAGAGGCUUCCGUUGGUCAUGAAAUGGUCGAAGCUACCCGAGUUACUCAAGUUAUAGCGCAAGAAUGUGAAAAUACAUUCACUGAGAAGACUCCAACAUUCUCUCACGGAUUACAAGGGGUUGUCCCUCAAACCAGUAUCACAGUUACAGAAUUGGAAACGGCAGAAAAAGAGAGUGGUUUACCCCAGCUUGAAUUGCCAGAAAGCCAUCGGAGCAAACCAGUUCCCACUCACCAUUUGCCAGUGGCAAAUGUUGAUGAAGUUUUGCCCAAUACUGCUGCAGGGGAUUUGGAGAAACAAAAACCUACUGCAGUUAUAGCCAAAAUUGAUCACAGUCCAUUUCAAGAAACUGUUGUGGAGGAAGCUGUCAUCGGGGAAGCUUACAGCAAAUUCAAAGAAGGAGUCAAGCGAAUUGGACACCAGGCAUCCAUCUCAUUUUCUGAGCAAGAUAGUGUGCAUAUAACAGAAACAAUUGCAGAAGACCAAGAAGUUCGUAUGUCCUCUCCAGAAAGGCUCUCAUCGCAAGUUGCAGAAUGCUCCAUUUUACCGCAGAAUACAGCAAUUAAGACUGAAAUACUACCAGAGUUAAGUGUCUCUCCCCUCAAAGAUGUCAAAAGUAGAACUGAUGUAGCUAAGGUUACAUCUGAAACUGCUUUUGAAAGUAUACAAGUCGUUGCAAUUGAUUAUGCAGAAAAAGAAAGUGAACUUAAGAAUGAUGUCAAACCUGAUGAGAAACACGCUGUACUUGAGUUAACUGAUGCAGUUUCUGGUAUCCUGGUCACAGAAAUUACUAGUGCUGAGUCAGAAACUGAUUUUAAACGUGAUUCUCCAGACAAACGCAAGGCAGUGCCUGGCUACUCUCCACAGUUAGUUGCUGAAAAAACUGAAAUUGUAUCCCAAAGUAGCGUUAAAGAAAUAAUCCGUAUUUCCCCGGAGAAAGCUCAUGGAGUUCCUGAGCAGGAACAAUAUCAAGGUUUAGAGCAGUCAGAAAUUGCACCUAUCGAGCAGGAAGGAGAGUUUAAAACCAAGGUAAAGCCAGAAAAGAAGAAAGGUAAACCAUCUAUAACAGAGAGUAGACUUAGUGCUGUUGUUGCUGAAGUAAAUCCCGACGAGAAGGAGUCAAUUUUGAUGCCUUUAGAAAAGCCAAAAAGUGAACUGGCACACACAGCUUUUACUGGAAAAAUUGUCGCUGAAGUGCUUGAAAAUAUGGAUCUCAGAACAGCAAAAAUCCUUGACACUAAGGAGUCUCCUAAAAAGUUUGCCCAUCGUGAGCAAUCUCCUCAAGAAGGUUUACUCGUCUCAGAAACAACAAUCUCUGAAAAAGAACUUUCCUUUGAAAAGACGCAGGCAGAUAUGAAAAAAGCUCGAAAAAGAAUUGAUGAGGUCGAAAGCUUGAUGGUCAGUGUUACAACUCCUGGUGACAAAGAGAAUCCUCUGGAAGAAAAUACAAAACCAAGUAUUGCAAAGGCGCAACCAGCUUUUACUGGUCAUCCUGUAGCUGAAAAUAUUGAAAUUAUGACUGAAUUAACAGCCACUGAUUAUGAGUCUAAGGAUGUCAAAUCUCACAUAGUUUCAGCUGUUCCUAUCCAGCCGGCUUCCGAGAGCAUCAUGCUUAGUGAAACUGUGGUACAUGAAUCGGAGAAAGUAUUGCCAAAGGAAGAGAGACCUACCAAAUCAAAAGCAGAUAUCUGUGUAACUGAGUCUGAAAGUUUGAUGGUCACGCUAAGCUCAUCAGAAAUCAAAGAAGAAUCUCUUCUACCUUCAAAAAUGCCCGAUUCGUCUGCAGCUGAGAUCAAUGUUGUCCCUCAGCAUCUCCCAUCUGCUGCAGAAGUAGUUCCUAAUGAAUGUUUAGGUAAUUUAGCUGUUUCAGCCCCAGAAACAAAAGAUGUUUCACAAAAGCUUAUCCCCUUAUGUAGUGUGGAAACAACUGUCACUGUACCCACAGACACCGAAAUUCAGUUACCUCAAUUUGUCAGUCCAGCCUCAAAAAGUGCCUCUUAUUCAUUGGAAAGUGGGGCUGAGAGUUUAAAUGUCACUGAAAUUCGUGUUCAAGAUAAAGAAGGAAUUUUGGAACAACCCCAAAAGCCCAACGUCAGUGCUACAAUGUCUCAACAGCCAUUUGAAUCUAUUCAGCAAGAAGAAACAAUUACUAUUGAGACAGAAUCUACUUUGGUUUCCAAACCAAAACCAGCCAAAUCAUCAGCUAUACCAACUUUGGAAACGGUAGAAAGUAUAACUGUAACAGAAGUUGCAUUUAAAGAUAGAGAAGAUGCUCUCAAGCUCAAAGCUAAACCGCAGGAAUUAUUGGCCAAGCGCAUUGUCCCAGAACAAGAGGGGAUGGAGGUCUCUGAGGUAAUUGUUAACACUGACGUUAAAGAUCUCAAACAUGAUCUUCAAAAACCGCUGAAAGCUGGUAUUAAAACUGUUCCUCAUGAGAGUUUGAUUCAACAAGAAAACAUCCUUCCGGAAAGUGAAGGAAACUUUAUAGGUGACAAGAAGCCAGCAACAACUGCUGCUCUAAUCUCUCUUGAGACUGGUGAUUCCGUCUCAGUUACGGAGACCUUUGUCCAUGAAAAAGAAACCACUUAUACAGAAUCCAAAAAAAUUCAACCCAAAACUGCAGGGACAGAUAUUACAAAAACUAGAAAAGUAGCUCAAAAAUCUGAAACAACAGUCAAUUUAUCGGUUGAAGACUUUGAUAAAUUUUCAGCACCUACUCUUGAAGUUGCAAAACCUGAUCAAGAAAAUUUGCACAGUGUAAUGGUCUCGGAGCAAUAUUUAACUGAAAAAGAAGAGGAAUUCAUCGGUAAAUUCAAACCAUUCUCAACAUCAGCGAAGCCAGCAAUUGAAAAAAGCAAAGAUGCUCAUUCUGUAAUGCAAGUCUUCCCUCAAGAGAGAGAAGGCACUUUUGAAGGCAAACCUCUUCCUUCAGAAAUUCCUAAUAUCGCUAUUGUAAGUUCAAAUCAAACUGUGGCUGAAACAUCUGAGGUAGGAGUUGAAUCAGCAAUUGAACCUUUAAGGGUCCAGCCAACAAAACCAAGUAAAGCCGAAAGAAGUCAAGACUAUCUACCAACAGCAGAACUUUCAGAAACAAUGGUUAAUGAGGUAGAAAGCUCAUUCUCGUCAAUCAAAACUCAAACAAAAAAAGUGUCAGUCAGCCUGAGUAAGCAUAAGGGUGUCCAUGUAUCUGAAAUUGUCAUUCAGGAAAGUGAAACGGAAUUCGGACCAUCAUCUAAACCAUUCUCAUCCACAGCAGAGCAAGACAUUCAGGCGCAUGAAGGAGUGGAAAUAAGCGAGAUUGUAACCCACUCUGAUGCGUCCACUCUUCUAUUACAAAAACCACUUUUAGCGGAGGCUACUCCAGAUCAAUCGUAUCUGCAAGGUUUAGUUCAAAAUGAGCCCAUCAUUCAAGAAUUCGGUGAAGAGUUUGAAGAAAAAUUCAAACCAGUUGGAAAGAAAGCCCAAAUAAGUCUCAAAGAAGACGAAGGCUUAACCAUCACAGAGAUUAUCUCUGAAGACAAAGAGCAACAGAUGAAAGAGCACUCAAAACCUUCUAUUCAAACAGCUGAAUCCAUCCUCUCAGAACAGGAAGCUCCGCAGGUUUUAGAAGUCGUUCCUGCUAUCAGUGAAAAGGGACUAAUACCAGAAAAGCCAACCAUGAGUGAAGCAAGUGUACAACAUGUUACUUUCACAAGUCUUACAAAAACCGAAAUGCUUACACAUGAGCACGAAACGGAAUUCUCAGAUACACCCAAGUUUGACAAGAAAAUUGCUGGAAUAUCUCUUGAAGAAGCCAAAGUCAGUCCAAGUGUAAUGAAAGUAACAGUCCAGGAAAAGGAAACAGAGUUAGUAGUUCCAGAAAAACCAUCCAAGAAAACUGCUAAACCAAUUCUUACCAGUAAAGAGCCUUUACAGGCACUAGAAGUUCUGCCAGUUUCUUCAACUAGUCUCUUAACAUCAGGAGACACCCCUAAAGCUAAAGCUGUGAAGACCCAAGAGCCGUUUGAAAGUGUAAUUGUUUCUCAGAGGACAGUGGAAGAAAAAGAGGACUCGUUCACUGGUAAGUUUGUACGACCAAGUGUACAACCCAAUGUUUUAAUGGAAGAGACAUCAAGUGUACAAGUCACGCAAGUAGUUCCAAAUUAUAAAGAAAAAGACUUACCAAGUGCACCUGAAACCGAUUCUUUUAAAGCCUCUUUCAACAUUGAAGGACAGCGAGUUGCGCAAAAGUCAGAGGUUGUUGUUAGUCACAAGACUGGAUCUUUUGAGCAGAAAACGGAAACAUUUAUUGCAGAAGCAGAUUAUAUUCCUCUUCAAAGUGUCAUAAAAACAGAAGUUGACACCAAUGAAGUUGAGCAGAAACUUGAAACAGUCCAGCCCGCAGCAGAAAAAGCAACACCAACACUAAAUGAAACCAAAGUCAGUCCUUUAAUUGAACAUGUCACUCCAGAAGACAAAGAACAACCCUACGAUGCUAAAAAGUCACCCGCAACUAUCACAGCUUCAUCCGAGGUACAGAGUUUAGAGGCAUUCGAGCAGACAGAAGUAAUUGUAUCAUCAUCAAUCAGAAAACUGAAAGAUGAAAAGCCAGACUCAAAGAAAGUGGAUGCUACUCAUUUACCCCUUGAAAGCUAUGAAACGUCUACCGUAACCAUUCAGGAUUCUGAAACCGUUUUAAAGAAUAAGUCGCCAAAAGCAACUGCAGUUGGUGAUGCAAAAUUUGAGGAAGCUAGAAGCCUCAUCAUGACUGAUGUGGUAGUACAAGAACAUAGUGACGCCAUGACAGAACAGACCACCAAGAAAAAAUCUGUCAAACCUAAAAGAAUCAACACUUCUAAAGAUGUUGCCAUCACAACAGAGGUUCUUCCCAUUACCUCUACAGAACCAUUUGAAACUUCUUCACCCGCUACACUUUCUGCAAGUGAAAUAUUAACCAAACCACACGAUCACAUCACAACUUACGCACAAACUGCCGAAGAAUCACUCACUCCCAUAUCAGUUGAGACACUACCCCACCCAAGGAUUCCUGACACUAAAAUCGAAGAAAGUAUGGCUCAGGUUGCUGUAACAGAGGUCCAGGCUGAAGAAAAAGAGGGAACACUGGAAACACAUGAACACAAACACCACAUCAACGCGACAUCAAGCAUUGCUCUUGCGAUACCAAAAAUUACAAACCUAGAAACAACAACAGAGAUGACUGAGAAUGAGUAUCUUAUAGAACGCCCUUCCUACCCUGGUAUAAUCGAGCGAAAAGAGGAAUAUUCCAUUGGCCCUUACCUUCCUGAGCAUUCUGGUUCAGAAAGAAAAAUUUUAACUACUGUCCUUAAAACAGGUAAAAGAAAAGAUUCUGAUGAAGAAAACACCAUAACAAUUCAAGAGGUAAUUGAAUUCGGAAAGCCACAACUGAAAACUCUGAAAACGUCAACAAAAGAAGACGAGGAAACCACCAUCAAAUCCGAUCAGACUACCGAGGUAAGCUUGGUGACCAAAGUUGAAACGCUGACCCAAGUCGACGACAAAGGCCGCAAGAAGGUGGUCAAGCGCAAGACCAAGAAAACUGUCCGCGACGGCAAGGAAACCGUCGAAGUGGCGGAAGAAGAGAUCAAACGUCCGCAAAUUGAAGAGCUGACGGACGAGAAACCGGAAGAGCUCCAACCGUUGGCGCCGAGCCCGGUGAGUGCCCUAGAAUCCGAACAGCCGACCGAGGAAAGCGUGGUGACCAAAGAUGAAACGCUGACCCAAGUCGACGACAAAGGCCGCAAGAAGGUGGUCAAGCGCAAGACCAAGAAAACUGUCCGCGACGGCAAGGAAACCGUCGAAGUGGCGGAAGAAGAGAUCAAAUGUCCGGAAAUUGAAGAGCUGACGGACGAGAAACCGGAAGAGCUCCAACCGUUGGCACCGAGCCCGGUGAGUGCCCUAGAAUCCGAACAGCCGACCGAGGAAAGCGUGGUGACCAAAGUUGAAACGCUGACCCAAGUCGACGACAAAGGCCGCAAGAAGGUGGUCAAGCGCAAGACCAAGAAAACUGUCCGCGACGGCAAGGAAACCGUCGAAGUGGCGGAAGAAGAGAUCAAACGUCCGCAAAUUGAAGAGCUGACGGACGAGAAACCGGAAGAGCUCCAACCGUUGGCGCCGAGCCCGGUGAGUGCCCUAGAAUCCGAACAGCCGACCGAGGAAAGCGUGGUGACCAAAGUUGAAACGCUGACCCAAGUCGACGACAAAGGCCGCAAGAAGGUGGUCAAGCGCAAGACCAAGAAAACUGUCCGCGACGGCAAGGAAACCGUCGAAGUGGCGGAAGAAGAGAUCAAACGUCCGGAAAUUGAAGAGCUGACGGACGAGAAACCGGAAGAGCUCCAACCGUUGGCGCCGAGCCCGGUGAGUGCCCUAGAAUCCGAACAGCCGACCGAGGAAAGCGUGGUGACCAAAGUUGAAACGCUGACUCAAGUCGACGACAAAGGCCGCAAGAAGGUGGUCAAGCGCAAGACCAAGAAAACUGUCCGCGACGGCAAGGAAACCGUCGAAGUGGCGGAAGAAGAGAUCAAACGUCCGCAAAUUGAAGAGCUGUCGGAUUUGGAAGCGGGAACUUUGAGGGACGAUGUUGUUUUCCCGAAAGAUAUAUCGGAGGAUCAAGGUCUUGAUUAUGUUUUAGGAAAAACGAAUGCUCGUAUAUCCUUCUCAGACACAAUGGAUGAAAUCUCUGAAGAAGUGGAGCCGUUUGACGUACUUCCGGUGGAAGAGGAAACUGCUCCAUCGAUUUGUGAUUUACAAUUUGCGGAUGUUAACGAGAGGAAGAUCAUAACGGCCAAUAACGAGCUGCAAGUAAUUGUUAGACGAAAAAUUUCAAAACCGGAAGAAGAUGGUGUUGAACUUAUGUUCGUUGAAGAAGUCGAGGAUGGUUUGAAUUUGAAGGAUAACCUUGAAGAAAUUCGCGGAACAUACGCUCGUCGUCGGAGUUCAUUAAUAUCUGAAGUAACUGACUUAGAUUUUCCUGUGAAAGAAAAGGUAACUAGUGUGCACAAUGAAAUCGUGACAACGUUCGGGAAAGAUGGUGUUCAGAAAAAAGUUAUUCGUUUAGUUACCAAAACGGUUGAUGAUUUAGGUGAGCAUGUUUCAAUUGUGGAGGAAGAUGUUGACGAUGUAGCCAAAAAACCUGAGGAUUUCCGAAAAAUGUCUUUGACAAUAACAGAGUUACCAUCAGAAAAUGAUCAGGAUGACACUCCGAAAUCUUCCCUUCAGCGCAAUGUAUGUCCUGACACUGAAAAUCUUUCUGAACCAAUUCUUAAUGAAGGAAAGGGUUCUCCGAAUAGUGGACCAAUUAAGAAAAAGGAUGCUCGCAAAGUUCCACCGAGGAAAAGAGAUGUUAAGAUUUUACCGGAGGAAGAAGAGCGUUCUUUCAUAUUAGAUACUCAUGAUGCACCAGGCCCACAUGAUACUAUCCCUCUCGAAGAAGUUCCAGAAGUACCUGAGGCAAAGGUCUCCAAAAUUCCAAAAAUGAAACCCAAGAAGAAAUUAAAAGAGCCAAAAGAAUCCGAAGAAUUUCCUGAAACCGACUCCUUGCAACCACCCAAGACUGUUGAGAAACCGGAACUUAAGGAGGAAGCAUUGACGCCGAUGAAGCCAAAGCCCGGGAAAGAAAAACCUACACUCCAAAAACUGGAACGAAAAGAGGAAAAACCGAAAAUGCUGGAGACAAAAGAAGUGGAACAGCCAAUUUCUCUUACAUCCAUCAAGUUGAAGAAACGUCCCGUGCCUCAAAAGAAAGAUAAAGAAGAGCCGAAAGUUCCAAAACCAUUGUUGAAAAGUCGAUUAGUUCGAGUGGAAUACCCGCCUUGUGAAAAAACGCUUGUUAUCACUAAAAUGCAGCCUGCCAUGCUUGAUCAUGGAAUCUUGUCUCGGAACUAUCAAGAAGCCUUGAAAAUUAAGAAACCCAAACUUAAAACCAAGAUCCUACCAGACUUAGAGCCUGUUAAACUUGAAGAGUAUGUUCCAGAGGUUUUUGAGCACCAUCCUGAGAAUGUUGUAGUAGAGGAGACAAAAUUCCAGCAUCCGUUGAAACUUGCGCCAAGAGGAGAAGAAAUUGAAGAAAAGCACUUAGUAUUAGGCAAAGGCAAAGUUCCCGUACAAAUUGAUCAUGAAGAAACAGUCACCCUCAAGAAGGUGCCAUUUGAGAAACAGAAGGAGGAGCCUUUGGUUGAAAAGACCAUCUCAGAGAAACCGACUCUAUCAAGAACAGAUCGUAAACCCUCAGAAAAAGAAAUUUCACCCCCCAAAUUCAAGCCUAGUUCUUUUGAGGAUCAUGAUGUUGAACGAGAGGAUCUCGAGUCACCUUUGCAGCAACCUGAAACUAGUGAAGUAGCUGAAAAGAAACCAAAAAGAAAACAGCCCAAGAAGAUUGACACGCAGGAAAUUCCUGAAGAAAAAUCUAUUCCAUUAGGGAAGCCGAAAGAAAAAUUGCCAAAACCUGAAGAGGAUAUUCAGCUGAAAUACAAACAGAAACCAAAAGAGCCUGAGCCUACUGAACAAUUAAAUUUGAGACCUAUUCCAAGAAAAGAAGAUGUUGCCCCUCCUGAAGAGAAAGUAAUUGAUUUUAAACCUCCAGAAGAAAAAGAUAAGCCCAAGAAGCCUGACGUUGAUCAAGAUGAAAUCAAGAUCGCCAAAAAGAAGAAGAAAUUGAAAAAACCUGAAAAAUCGCAGGAAGAAGAGCAGCCAGAAGUUGAAGACGAAAAGCUACCAGGAGUUGAAAAAGCAGAAGAUGCACCCAAGGAGGUAGAAAAGUUACCAGAAAAGAAGCCAGAAAAAUUGCCUCAAAAGUUGGAACCAACGAAACCUAAAACAGAAGAGCUUGAAAAACCCAAGUCAAAAGAAGAAAAAACUGAUCAGCCUGUCCUUCCCUUGAAAAAAGUCUCUAAAAUUCCCAAAAAAAUAGAGCCAAAAACAACAGAAAUCCCAAAAAUCCAUUUGAAAAGUAAGUUAAAAACUGUGCCAUUUCCAACAGAAGAGAAACAUCCUGUCAUCACUAAAUUAGAACCAGUUCAAGUAGACCACGGUGUACUAUCCAGGAACUAUGAGGAAGCUAAGAAACUUAAGAAAAAGAAGGUAAAGCCUCUUAAAUUGUCUGAUCUGGAGCAGACCGAGCUUGAAGAAUUCAGUCCAACAGAGUUCACGAAACCAGAAAAAGAAGUUUUUGAACCUGAACUUCACAAGUUCAAACGUGAAAAACCAGUUCGCAAGGGAGAAAAACCAGAUGUUCCAGAUUUGAAGCUUGGAAAAGGACAAGUACCAGAUGUAAAAGACGAAAAAGAGGCAGUUACUUUGAAACCUAUUCCCGAAAAAGUACCUGAAGUAAUUGAGGAAAAACCUGCCCCCAAGAAAAAGUUGGUGGUGAAACCAAUCGAUGAUCAAGAAGAAAUUGAGACAACUGUUUCAUUGAAACCAAUUAAAGCGCCCAAAAAAAGUGUCGAAGAACCUGAGAUUGUAGAUACGGUUACAUUUGUACCUGCACGGAAGAAAACUGUGGAAGACAUUGUCCAAGAUUUCAAAAUUGAAUUGAAUACCUAUGAUGAGGAAGACGUCUCAGUCUCAGAAAAAGUUGCUUUACCAACUUCAAUAAAAAAACCGACUGAUGAAGCGCCAGCUUCUUUAACAGUUCAGCUCAAGCCUUCAGAAGAGGAUGAGCAACCUGCUGAUGUGGUUGACGAGGUCAAAGUCAAGAAGAAAAAACCCAAGAAAGAAAAAGGUAAAUCCGUAGCUGAGGAUACACCCACAGUGCCAUUAGAGGAAUCGAAACUAGUAGAAGAGAAGAAACCGGAAGAACUAGCGACUGAAGCAACUCCCUCACCUAUUAUUCCAGAGGAGUUGACACAUAGAGAAGAGAAACCAGAGGUUUUAUCAGUGGAACCUCAACCAGAGGCUCCUGUUGAAGGGGUGAUAAAGAAAAAGAAAACGAAGAAAUCGAUCACUGAGGAGUUAGUAGAAGUUCAAGUUCCUAAACCACUGCCUGAUAAAAAACUUGGUGAAGUCGUGGUAGAAGAAGUGAAAUUAAAAACAAAGAAACCCAAGAAGUCUCUUGUGGAAGACCUUACCGAAGAAAUCACAAUUGUAAAAACGCAGUUGGAAGAAGCAAAGCCUGAAGAUGUUCAGGUUCAAGAAGUAAAAAUUUCACCAAAGAAACCAAGGAAGUCCAUCGUAGAAGAGGUCUCUGAAGAGGUAACGAUCGUGAAACCAAAAUCAGAUAAAGAAAAGCCUGAAGAAACUGCUGUGGAAACAUUGAAAAUUAAACCAAAGAAACCGAAGAAAUCAGUUGUUGAGGAAGUUGCAGCAGAAGUCACGAUUGUUAAACCUCAGCCAGAUGCAGAAAAGCCUGAGGAGGAGGUCAUAGAGGAGGUGAAAAUAAAGAAGAAGCCCAGGGUUUCAGUCACAGAGGAAAUCAUUGAAGAAAACAUAACUCUGAAACCUGGACCUAAGAAAGAAGUAUUGGAAGAAGUGACCUCAGAAGAUGUUAAAGUUACACCGAAGAAACCUAAAAAAUCACGCACUGAAGAGGUUGCUGAGGAAAUAACAAUAAAGAAACCUGCUAAAGAAUCAGAUGAAGAUGUAGUCAUGCAAGAAAUCAAAUUAAAACCAAAAAAGAAACUUGUGACAGAAGAGGUUUCAGAGGAGGUUACCAUUACAAAAUCACAAGUUAAAGAAGAAAUCCCUGAAGAAUUUGUAAUAAGACCGAAGAAACCUCAAAAGACGCUUCCAGAAGAUGUUUCAGAGGAAAUCACUAUUUCCAAACCGGUAAAGAAAAAAGUUGGCCCCGAAGAAACGAUGAGUGGAGAAAUUAAAUUAAAGAAAAAGAAACCUAAGAAAACAGUCGUGGAAGAAGCAGCCGAUGAGAUUUUAAUUCAGAAAGAGGCAGAGAUAGAGGAGGAGGAGGAGCCUCAGAGCGUCACCAUCGAAGAGCUUGUCGAUCAACCAGAUGAAAAAGAUUUGACUGAAGAAAAAACACUCAAGAAGAGGAGACCCUCAAAACCAAAGGUAGAAGAAACAGAAACAGUCACAACAGUCAAACAGAAACGCAAAAAAUCCAGUGUCGAUGAAAGCAUUUCUGAAGAGGUUACCUUGGUGCAAAAGAAACCAAAGAAACCUGUGGAAAAAGUCUCAGAUGAGACUACCAUCAUUAAAGAAACUGGAGUGGAUGAUUCAGAGGAUAUAAGUAUGAUUGAAGAGCUGCCUGAAGAGGUGACUUCUCAGUCAUUUAAGCUGAAGAAGAGGGUCGAGAAGCGGAAGCCAUCGGUCACUGAAGAGGGUGAAGUUGAGUUCUCAAUAAAAAAAUCCAAGCCCAAACCCAAACCACAAGAGGAAGUAUCAAUGGAGAGCGAGUUUACACUUGUACCUCGAAAGACGAAGACUGUUGAGGAUAUUGAUCAGGAAUUCAAGAUCUCCCUCAACACCUAUGAGGAGGAAGAUGUAUCAAUGACUGGCAAAGUGAAGUUGGCACGGAAGCCGUCUCUGCAACCGAAGCUUGAGGAAGAGUCUGCAGAACUAACAGUUCAGAAGGAGGUGACUAUUAAGGAAGAAGAAGCUGAUAUCAGUGUUCCACUUAAAAGGAGGAAAAGUUCCGUAGUGAAGUACAGUGUGGAAGAGGUUGACGAGGAGGAAGUCCAGGUCAAGCGAAAUUUGAAGCAGCGAAAGAGCAUUAUCAGUGAAGAGGAGUCAUUAAAUAUCAAAGUCAAACGAAAACCAUCAGCUCCAUCCUUCCAUCAAGAAACAGUCACCACCACCAUCACUCGAGAACAAGAAUUUGAAGAAACAACAGAUAUUGAUCAUGAAGGAGAAAUUCUGUUUUCAAUUUGUUCGUAUGUCGCUGAGAAUGAAGAUGCCCUCAGCCUUGUUGAAGGUGAAAGAGUCUAUGUUCUAGAGAGCACAAAUCAGGAGUGGUGGUUUGUGAAGAAACACCUGACAGAAGAGAAAGGAUGGGUUCCAGCUGUUUACUUGCGUGAUGAAGCCAGCUAUGCCUUAUAUGUGCAGAAGAAAUUGCACGAGAAAAUUGACAAACUCCCUGUCUUUAAAAAACCAGAACCAGGAGACGCCACGUCUGCACCAAAAUUCAUUGAGAAACUUCAGCCCAAGCAUGUGCCUGAUGGAGCCACUGUGCAGUUUGAAUGUCAAGUUGAAGGCAAUCCGCGACCACAAAUUACUUGGUUCAGACAAACAGCUAUCAUCAAGCCAUCUCAAGAUUUUCAGAUAUUCUAUGAUGAGGACAAUGUUGCAACCCUGAUCAUUAGAGAAGUAUUCCCCGAGGAUGCAGGAACUUUUACCUGUGUGGCGAAAAACGCUGCAGGAUUUGCGUCUAGUACGACUGAAUUAGUUGUUGAUGCUCCAUUAUCCGAGCAUGGAUCCGAUAUAACUGGGCAUUCUAGAAGAAGUUUAUCCAGAGAAUCAUCUUUAGCAGACAUUAUCGAAGGCAUCCCCCCGACUUUCUCAAGAAAACCAAAAGCUAUUUGUGCAGAUGAAAACACUAAUGUCGAAUUGGAGUGCCGCUUUGUGGCUGUGCCUGAGCCGGAGGUCUCAUGGUACUUCAAUGGCAAGGAAGUUAAAUCAUCGGAAACAGUGACUGUCAUCACACAAUCAGACAUGCAUAGCUACAGUAGUAGAGUAGAACUUAAGAAAGUCACCAAGAAGCAGGAUGGGAAGUAUACUGUCGUAGUGAAAAACCGAGAAGGAGAGGCAAAAAUAGAUAUUGUCUUGAAGGUGAAAACAGGUGAAGAAGAGCCACCUCAAAUUUUGGAACCACUACAAGAUGUGACCAUAAGUGAAGGAGACAGCGUCGUUCUAAGUACGCAGAUUACUGGGAACCCAGCUCCAACUGUGAAAUGGUUUAAAGAUGGCAAACCUGUUUCAAAGAACCUGACUAAGUCUCAGCAUGGUAUUCACUCUUUGACGCUCAUCAAACCUCUGCCCUCGGACUCUGCGCGGUACUCAGUCACAGCAACAAACAAUUUGGGAACUGUCCAGACUGGAGCCACUUUAAUUGUUGAAGCCCUGAGCGACCUUCAGUUUGAGGACUCAGUCACUUUGAUUAUACCAGGGCUAAAUGUCCCUCCACCUACUAAAGUUGAAACUGAAUUGCCAGGCCCGCAAGCACCAUUAUUCGUUGAAAGAUUCCAAGAAUUAACAGUCAAAGAGAAAGGCACCAUUAAACUUUAUGCAAAAGUCACUGGAAAUCCUGUUCCCAUCAUUACAUGGUUUAGAAAUAACAAACCAUUGCUGGACUCACCCAAUAUCAAAGAAACCUUUGAUGGAGAGAACAUUGAACUUGUAAUCAAGAAUGCAGAUUCAGAAAAAGAUGCGGGUGAUUACAAGUGUGUAGCUUCAAAUAACCUGGGUACAGCUACACAUGGUGCAAGGAUCACAGUUGACGUGGAAAAAGUAACAUUUACGAAGAAGCUCAAGUCUAAAUUUGAGGUAGAUGAAACAGAAACAGUCACUCUCGAGUGUGAAACAUCUCAUACUGUUUCAACAAAAUGGCUACAUAAUGGCAAAGAGUUGAGCGGAAUGGACCAUCGAGACAUUGUUCAAGAUGGACGUACGCAUAAAUUGAUCAUUAAACGUGCCACACCCCUAGAUUCAGGCACCUACACCUGCUCAGUCAAGAACCAAGAAACCAGCACAACGGUUACGGUUCACAGCAUCAAACAUGAUUUCUUGCGGAAGCUGGAAGAUCUAGAAGUGACAGAGCAAGAAACAGCUGUUCUGGAAGUAGAAAUUUCAUCUGAAACAAAGGAUGUAAAGUGGCUUAAAGAUGGAAAGGUAAUUAAACCCAGUGAGAAGUAUGUGACAGAGCAGCAAGGCCCUGUUCGGAAGCUACUCAUCCGCUCAACAUCGGUGCAUGAUGAGGGUGAAUACACAUGCUCGGUUGAUGACAAUGUUUGCUCCGCUGAAGUAACCGUAGUAGAGCUUCCUCCAGAGAUUAUUACCAAGAUGCAAGAUCAGACAAUUUCCAAAGGCGACAAAGCAGUGUUUGAUGUGGAGCUGAGCAAAGGCGAUGCUUUGGUCAGGUGGUUUAAGGAUGACAAAGAACUACAGUUCUCGGAGCAUGUUCAGCUUUCGAUCGAUGGAAAGAAGCAAAAACUGAAGAUUUAUCAGACGCAGUUGGAGGAUAGUGGCGUCUAUGCCUGUCGUGUUGGUGACCAAGUAUCUAAGGCUAAACUUACUGUCGAGGAACCUGCUGUAGAAUUCGUCACAAGACUACCGGAGGUUACUCUUGUGCCAAUCAAAACGGAUGCUAUAUUUGUUGUUGAGCUCUCAAAACCUGAUGUAGAAGUUAAGUGGCUGAAGAAAGGUAAAGAAAUCACAGAGUCUGAUAAGUACAUAAUCACUUCAAGUGAUACAACCAGGAAACUUAUCAUCAAGAAGACGACUGUAGAGGAUCAAACGGAUUACACUUGUGUUGCAGCCAAUGUUAAGACGACAACAAAACUUAAGUGUGAAAUUACAAAAACUCCUCCAAAGAUAGAGGCUCAUGACACAGAGUUUAAAGUUAAGACAGGCCAGGAUGUCACUUUCACAAUAAAAUUCUCAUCAAAUCAACCUGUGAAAGAAGAAUGGACUGUUAAUGGAAAAGUUAUUCAAAAGUCCAAGCGGGUGAGUUUUAGCUCUGAUGAGGAGUCAGCAAGCCUAACAAUAAAGCAAGUAGAAAAGAGUGAUGUUGGAAAUUACACACUUAGAUUGGUCAACAAUAGUGGAGAAGCAUCUGCAGAACUGACACUCAUUAUGCUAGAAGUUCCUGGUGCGCCGGACAUUCCUGAAGUUGUUAUGGUUACUGACAACUCUGCAACCUUGCACUGGAAACCUCCGCAAUUUGAUGGAAAUACACCCAUAACUGGUUAUGUAUUUGAACAUCAUGACAAAGAUGAAUUCAUGGUAUGGAAGAAAAUUGAAACCACUGAAACAACGGUAAAAGUAACAGGGCUUGAGAAGAACCAUGAAGUGAUGUUCCGCGUUGCGGCAGUCAAUGAAGUAGGAGUUGGACCAGUUUCGCAAAACACUCGUUACGUAAAGAUUGCUGCUCCUCUCUCAACUGAAGCUCCGCUGAUUCAAGAUUCUCUGAAAGAUGUUACUGUCGGUCUGAAAAAACCAUUGACAUUAGAAUGUGUGGUCAGCGGAACCCCAGCACCAGAAAUCAAAUGGUUCAAAAAUGGAACAAUCAUCAAGUCCAAGUCAAUAACUUAUGAAAACAAUGUUGCAAAGUACAAAAUUUCAGAGGCAUUGGAAACAACGCAAGGGACUUACACUUGCCAAGCCAAGAAUGAAGCUGGAUCAGCUGAAACUAAAUGCGUCGUUAAAGUUCAAGAUACUCCCAAAUUAGAGUGUGAUGAAGCUCUGACUAACCAAACAAUGCGGGUCAAAGGUCAAUGGAAGGUUGAGGUAAGGUUUUCUGGAUUCCCUCGGCCAGAAAUCAAAUGGCAGAAGAACAACGACACUAUCACAGGUGACAACCGGUGCAAGAUCUACAUUGAUGAAGAAAGUACAACAAUUGCCAUUUACUCAGUGGAAAGGACGGAUAGUGCAACGUAUACUGUGUCUGCAACAAACAGCGCAGGCACUGCUACAACAAAAUUGGUGCUCCGAGUUAUAGAUGAAGAGAAUACUGGAGACGAUGAAGAUUCAGGCGAUAAACCUGGGAAACCUCAAGGACCUAUCAUCGUAGAAGAAAUGGAUCAAACCGCAGCCACUAUCCAAUGGAAGCCGCCAACAGAUGAUGGCGGUCUUGAGAUCUCUAAAUAUUCGAUUGAAAAAUGUGAUACAAACAAAAUGAUCUGGAAGAAGGUUGGAGACGUAAAUAAAGACAUAUCGGCCUACUCUGUUCAAAAGCUGGAGGAAGACAGCGAGUACAUGUUCCGCGUCACGGCGCACAAUCCAAUCGGAGUUUCAGAACCACUAGAAAGUGAACCAAUUACAAUAAAAUGUAAAUUCGAUAAACCAUCACCUCCACAAGGUCCGCUGGAUGUCACUGAUAUUUCAGAUACCGCAAUGACAAUUUCUUGGCAGCCCCCGAAAAAGAGUGGUGGCACUGUCAUAAUAGACUAUACUGUAGAAAUGAAAGAAUCAAAUAGUAACAGUUGGCGGAAGGUUGGAGUCACCAGUGAAAGACAUCUACACAUUGAAGAUUUGAAGAAAGAUGAAUCCUACGAUUUCAGGAUAACUGCAAGAAAUCGUAUCGGCGAGAGUGUGCCAUAUGUCGCAGAAGAAUCUAUUAUUGCUGGUAGAGAAAUAAACUUCAGAGCGGAAGCCCAGUUAACGAUCAGAAUCCCAGCCAAGCGGCAGAUCAGCCAACCUGCAGAAGAAUCAUCCACUCCAGUUGCUUCAGCUCCUACUUCAGUUGCUUCAGCUCCUACUUCUGCUUUAGCCUCUGCCCCAGCUGUAGCCCCCGUAGCUCCAGCAUCGACCCCCAGACCAUCUAGACCUAGAAUGACUGAUUCACCCCCAAAGACAAUCCUCAGCUUCAAAAAUGCCCGAGGCCCAGCGCCAGAGGCAGGAGCAGAGUUUGAAGAGGAAGUCUCAGGUCUUGGUUUCACCAAGCAUCCUAUCCCACCCUUACCAAAAAUUCUCCCAACCGGUCCAGCUGUUCCCUCUGCUCCCACUGCAUUGGAAGUCACCAACAUCUCUAGUAAGAGUGUCUCGUUGAGAUGGAAACAACCAGAAUUCUUAGGAAAUACCGAAUUAACAGGUUACGUUAUAGAGAUGCAAGAUUCAGCCCAACUGAGGAUCAAAAUCCGAUGGGAGAAAGUUGUCACAUUAGAACCAUACAUCAUGGAAUAUACCAUUGAGAAUCUCAAAGAGAAAUCCUCCUUCUUCUUCCGCGUUCUAGCAGAGAACAAAGUCGGACUAAGUCCUCCAGCGUCAACUGAUGUGAUUGCCUUGAAAACCUCAGCAACUAUUCCGUCCCCUCCAACUGCACCCCUGGAGACAAGAGUCAUCACUGCAAACUCAGUGGUCCUUGCUUGGGGCAUUCCGGAAACAGAUGGUGGCUCUCCAGUCAAAGGUUACGUCAUUGCCAUCAAAGACAAAUCUAAGAAAAUGUGGAUGGAAGUUGGAAAGGUCAAGGCUGAUGUCCAGAAACUGACGGUUAAGGACUUACAAGAGAAUCACGAAUACAUGAUCCGAAUUUUCGCUCGAAAUGAAGUGGGUCUAAGUGAACCUCUCGAAUCCGAAGAACCGCUAAAAAUGCAACGACCAUCAGGAGCUGAAGACGCAGAUGUGGAAGAGAUCUCGGGCAUUGAAAAGGAUACGCCAUCGCUCAGUUUUAGCACAGAGACAACUACAUCAUGGCUUCGGGAAGCAAAUAUGGACGCAGACAUCAGGACUUAUGCUCGGGGCUCACUCCUGCGUAGGAGUGAAUAUUUCUUCCGCAUUUGGUAUUAUGCUCGACAGCUGUUUAAAUAAGAGUAAUUCUAAGGUCCUCACUCCCUUUUCCCAAAACUCCUUCAUUUUUUCUGAAGAAUAUAUUCCUGCCCCUAUUCCACUAUAUUCGUAAUUAGAUUACUAUCCAUUGCCUCUCCGUAAGAGUAUAUUAUUAAAAAAUAUUUUUUUGCUCAAAAAAUGUUUUUGGUUGCAACUCUAAGGCCAGCUUGAACAGUAAGAUUCCCUUACUGGUUUAAGAGUUCUUGAAUAGAACGAUAUUAUUUUUGAAGUAGAUGAGAACAUAAAGAGAAUUACAGAGGAUAGAAAAAUGGGGAACCUCGUCACAAAAUUUUGUAAGAGAAAACUUCUGUACAGCUUCCAAUUUAGGGUGCUAGUACAAAGUAAGCAUUAAAAAUAAAACUAUUGCAACAUGUUCUUCUUUCUUUGUAUUUCCCUGCUCCAAGUUCAAACUAGAGACUUUAAAGUUGCUCAUCGAUCAUCCUACUUGGAUUUUGCACUGGCUAAUGAGAGCGUCAAAAAAGGCAUUAAUGAGCCCCUUUAAAGCUUCAAGGUUGAAUUUGAAGAAGAGCUUGAAGAUUUAACUUGAAGUAAAACGAAGUGAAUUUUGACCAUCUAUUUUGAAUCACAAGUAAGAAUCUAAGGAAUACCAUUACAUUUUCCUCUGGUUAUUUUUCAAAAAUUGUACGAGGAAAAUCAUUUUCUUCUAAUUUUUUUAUCCUCUGGCCUAUCCUCUGGAUCAUCUUAAUUUUAUAAACUAAAAUGUUCAAUUCUUAUGAAUUUUAAUAAAGAGUUACCAAUUAUAGAUACAUAUUAUUUUUAGAUAUUCCUUUAAAAUUUUAAGCAACUUCCUGAUUCAUUUAUUUAUCAUCUUCAAUGCAUGAAAUGGCCAAAAUUGUUUCAUCAUUUGUCCAUUAUGACUGUUCAAAAAGUGUGCACAGAGAUUCUGGUUUUUUUUCCUGUAUUAAUUUUCCCUGGAUUAAUACAUAAAAAAAAACUUUUGCUCUCUGGAAAUUCACUUUUUAUUGGAAUGCUUUGAAUCUUAGAGGAUUUAUAUAUUUUACUUGAUGGUAUGAAUUUUCACUUAAAAAAUUUUCCUCCUGAGAUCAUUGUAGUUAAAAUUGCUGCUGCUGCCAAGUCGGAAUAAAAAUGAAGAUCAGAAAUCGGGUACAUAAAAAGAGAACUUUUUCAUUUAUUUCAGGUGUGAAUUUUUUUUGUCUUGAAUUCAUUGACUCAUCCAAAAAAAUAACUGGCCCUAACAAUGUUACUUUUUUGUCUAGUAUUUCCAAUAUCUCCUUGAACGGUCGGUCUUAAGUCUUUAAAAUGUAGUCCUAGAAUUUUUCAAACAUAGCUGUAUUUUAUGCGUACAUGAAUUGAACAUUUUGAGUUUCAUCUACUUCCUUGUUGAUUGACGCAUUCAAGUUAAUUUCUCAGAACAGUUAUUUGUAAAACUUGAUGCUUUUGGGCAUUCAAUGAUGAGUGCCUUAAAAAUUUGUUAAUACUUAAUUUAUUCCUGUAAAUUAUUUUUAUUUGUUAAGUUUAAAAAAUACAUGUGAUUUUGAAUGUUGAA